GCUUUCUCUGUUGGCGCGUCACCUAAAGAAACAUGGCGGCGCACAUCACCAGAGCGGUGAGACGACUUGUCCCACAGUAAGUCAAUUUAUCUGCUUUAUUUCUCUUUCUGCCGUCUGUGUUGUUUCUCUUGUGGAAAAACUCAAAAGGCAAACAUGUAACGGCGCCAUUUUUGGUCGAAUAGUUUCCCUCCAACUCUCGGUAGUGGCUGUCGGCCGCUUCAUGCCACUUGGUUUGUUUGUUUGUUUGUGUAUUUGAGGGUAAAAGUUCAGCAGUUGGCAGCUGUUUUCUGGGCUCAAACUUGUCUGCGUUCACCGUUGUAUGAGCUGGAUCGAAGCAGUGUGUUGAAAUGCUCGUAACUGCGUUUGUUACGUCUUGAUUUAAGCUAUAAAUGUAGUUCUACCCUCAGCUUGUGUUGCCUUAUCAAACUGUGCCUUUCUUUUCUGUGAAUGAGGCAUGGUUGUUGUAGUUGUUUCAAAAGCAGUAUGAAGAUAUGUAACUGUGGAGGAAGCAAUGAAAUAAUAUUACUGAUCUUGUAGUAUCAGUUGCAGACCUACUACCACUUAAAACAUGAAUUGCCUGCAAAUGUAGAACAUGCUUAUUUUCUGUGAACCUGGGCCCUCCAGCAUGUCUGCCUGCCAUAUUACCACAAAACAUUCAUCUAACAUUGUUAUUAAGCGAGACCCAAUAGUAGUAGCACAACGAAACAAAAUGGUUGCCCUGUUAAACUGGAAAUGACAAAACCCAUUUGGGCAGAAAAUGCUGAAUUAUGGACAGGAGAAAUGAUAUAUUGCUUUGCACUUAAAUUGUAAGAUUGUUUUGUUAAACUAAUAGUCUGUUGGUAAUUUAAAGAGUCUGGUGACACCUGCUUUUGUUACACCCAUAGACUGUACAUAGAAUGGACAGCGUCCUCCUCCUUGCUGGGUGAAGCCACCCCGAGAACAGCACACCCUGGUGACGGGCUGCUGUAUAGGUCAUAAAUCCCGUCCUUAUGUGGCUGUGGACAAGAGUAUACUUGAGUGUCCUGCUAUUGGGCUGUCUACUUUGUGCUCAUCCAUAGGCUCAUGUCAGAUUUUUUUAUUUGCUAUGCAUAUUCAAAAGAAGAGGACAAACUUGCCUAGCAAUGUCCUUGUCAGGACAGCUGUCCAGGAGGUCAUGACAUCCAACUUUUUUUAACUAAGUUUUUGACCUUGUAACUUGGUAUCACCUUGGAAAAGGGUGACCUCUUUAUUGUCAGAGUUAAGCAGUCUGUUGUUGCUCGCAGACACUGCUGCUGUCUUUUGUAUGACUGGCAGAAUUUGUUUAUAUUCUGAUUUCCCAUACAUUAUUCCUUGAUAAGUUGAACCUUCAGUUACCAUAUGGCCAGACACACACAUAGGCUGUAUAAAACAUGAAUAGUCUCAGUUACAUAACCUAUUGGUUUCUGAAGAAGAGGUUUUUUUAUGCAUAUUAAUAGCUGCUGCCAUACUAAAAAUGCUAACUCAGCUUAACUCUAAGAUGGCCUGGCGAGAGGCAAAGAGUUGAGGUUAAACAUUUAGUAUACCUGUCUGUCAGUCAAGUCAGACCAUUCCCAUAGUAAUGCAAAACUCAUACCUUCAAUACUUUCAGGUAAUGAUUACUAAAAAAACACCCAUGUCACAUACAGUGAAUGCAAAUAGAGAGAUAGGCUAUAUAGACCAGAAUCGGAUGUAUACCAGGCUGAAACAUGUAUUUUUUCUUAAUAAAGAUGGACUUUUAUAAAUGGGAGAUAUGCUGCAUCUGUAGCCCCUGGACACUUGAGGAACUGCAGUUUUUCACAUUGACCUCAUUUUUCAAGACUGAGCUUCAUUAAGGAAAAAUUAAAAGCUGCUGUAAUUUUAACAAAUUCACCAUCUUUUUGUACUUUGUUUUAAGAAAAUUUUAAAAAUACAGUCCUCAACUGAGUAUAAAUAUUGAUGGCAUUUCUGCAACAGUAUGUAGUUUAAGCGACAUGUUGUUAUCAGUCAAACUAACCAUGUGCUCCUCUCUGUCAUUAGAUUUCCACAGAUGUCACAUGAGGUUCAAUAAAAGCUUUGAACACUCUGAAUUUACUAAAGAUGGUUUAGUAUGCCAGUAAUGUGUCUUCCCUCAUCAACCAUGUUGUGACAUGUGGCUCUAAUUCAGGGCACAUGAAUUUCCAGAGGCACAAUGCUGAUGAUCCUGCCAAAUCAGAGUGUGAAGAGACUGUCACGCCACUCUAGUGUGUGUGUGUGUGUGUGUGUGUGUGUGUGUGUGUGUGUGUGUGUGUGUGUGCUUGUGCUUGUGUAGUGUAUGUGUGUGUGUUCAUGUGUAUUUCUCUAUCAUGGAUGAAGUGAGAGCCUGAGCUGAUUAGAAUUAAACAGGAGAUAUGCACAUUUAGUCAGCUAUACGAUUACAUGUCGUCACCCUUAUUUGUUGACACCUGAAUUACAACUCAGUUAAAUGAGUUAUUAUUUUACAAUGUAUUAGUAUUGUACUAUGUAUGAGUGUCCUCAACAGUUUUAGCUGUACUGCAUCCACCUGCCACUAGCCAGGGUUGUAGCUUCAGUUAAUGUUGACUCCUUCUGUUUCCAAACAACCACGUAGUUUGUUACAUGUUGUUAAAAAAAUGUGUUUUACUGCCUUAGUCUGAUUAAAAUUGCACUAAAUGGAACUUAUCAUAGUCAGACUUAUUUGUGUUGCGUUCUUUCCGUUAGCCUCUUGCUAACAUACUUUGUCCUCUGUUUUGAGGGAUGACCCAAUAGAAACAAGCUGAAAGGGAUUGUAUCACCACCCUAUGUAGUGGAGGUGGACACAUUCUGUCAAUAAUAAGAUUUUGGAUUCAUGGUUCACCAGCACGGCAUAAUAGAUUAAAAUAUUUUUUUGACCUUGAACCACAGAGGCUUGACUUAUAUUCAUUGCCAUUCUGAUACUGUAGAAGUGAAGUCCAGCUUUAAUCCAGGAUCUCAGGAACAGUACUGGAUUUGAUGAGUCUGCUAUAUGACCAAAAGUUAAGAAUGACAGGUCGUUUUAAAAUUUCUUCAGUGGUGAAGACGAUCUAGUGUUUGAAAAGCAACAAGUUACCACAAACAGCUGUGAAGUUGUGGUCAGAACUCAGGUUGUUAUGUGUCUUUACAGAUUUUUAAGUGGGUUUACAGAAAUGUGCGUACUUUUCUAAUGGGUAUACAGUGUUUGCAUACCCUGUUGACGACAUCACUGUGUAGCAUAGUGCAGUUUGGGAUAUUUAGAUUUACAAAAUGGAGAUAAAGUUGUAUGAAGGGAAGAUCUGAGUUUAGGGGUGCUAGCUCUGCUAACAUUAGACACACUCAGCAAACCAAGAGACAUGGUUUACUCAAAGUUGUGUUGAACAAAUUGUGCUGAAUUCCUACUUUUGAUCUAAUUUUACUUACUUUUAAACUGAUCAUCCAGGCCACUUUAUUUAAAUGGUCUUUUUUUUUUAAUGUCCUAUUUUUUUAAAACUUUUUUUAAAAUUGAAUUUCUUUUGGGAAAUUGCAUCCAUUUUAUGAAGAAAAGACUUGCUUACAGUUAAGCACAUAUAAGCCUCUUAUAAUAAGAUUCAUAUUAAAUUAUGGCAGUUGUUUCUGGGAAGCAGUACCUAGACAGUUAAACGCAGCACCCUCAGAUGGCUGGAACUAGGAGAGGAAUGUGUGUGCUUGUUUUAUGGACAGCCUAGAGCCCUCGCCCUGGCAUUGGCGGCAGACUGCUCUUUGUCACAAACACCCUCGUGUCAAAGAUGCAACAGCAUCCUGGAGGAAGCAUUGGCUGCCGCUAUGAAGUCGACAAGUGAUGAAAGUAGCCUAGAGGUUGUCAAUUAAGACAGCCAAGGCCUGGACCUUAUAAGUUAAUGGGCAGUUUCCCCUCUCAGGGCCUGCUAGGGCUUUAUAGCACAGCUUAUAAAAACCUCAAGUGUAAUGCACCCCCAUAACGUUUUCAAUUAAGAGAAAGGGCAUAAAGCAGCGCAGACACUUGGCAGUUGAGCUAGAAUGUUUAUAAAGUGGCAUUUGGCAUGAAUUGGGAGGGGGAAUUUUCAAUUGCCCCAGUUGUUUUAAAGCAGCAGCUACUGUGCAGAAUUUUAUUUUGAUGGUACUUCAUGCUGACUGGAAGCAUUACCGACUUCCUGGUGUCUUUCCAUUACCAGCUCUUUUAGUUUGGUCAUAUGGACGCACAGCCUGAAGUUUAAAAGCCCUGUCUUCUCAGUUGUGAAAGAGAUUAGAAACAAGUAAAGGCAGUAUUGUGGAAUACUAUACAAUCUUAAUAACAGUUUAAAGUGUCAUUAUAAAUGCAUUAGUCAUUAUAGAGUAAAUGAGCUCAUUUCCAUUUAAAACCAUCUCAUAAUAAAGGAGGAACUAACAAUGAGCUGCAAUUAAAGAAAACAAAAUAAAACUGAGGAGAUUAUUAUUUGUUAGUGUAAUUGACUCUUGUGUACCACGACCCCCUUGUUUGUAAUGCUAUUAAAAAUAAGCGCUAAUUCUAAACGUUGAGAAGAAAAUCCCUUCAAUCAUCUGGUGUCUUCUGUGCUUCAGCUUGCUUUGGCUUCCGGUAGAAAAAUAAAUGAGUGCUGAAUAAACACCAGUGUGUUGACACCUCAUUUCCUCAUUGAUUGGUGGUGGAAGCCGAGCUGGAGGUGUGUGGCCAUAAUCCAAUCAAGCAGGAAAACAACUGAGGGGACUGUGUUACCAAAUUCUUAAACCAGAGAGGGCGAGGAGGUUGGCUAAGAAACCUUAAACCUUACAGGCUUUGACUUUCUUGGACUAUUUAAUGGUUUAUCUUGUCUUUUUGCUGGACAGAUUCUUGGCUACUGCCUGGUGAUACCCAAGCUUCCCUGAAAUGUAAAAGAAAGGGGGUCUAUGGUCUUGUAAACUAGCGUCAAAGCUAAGCAGGGAUUGUUUGUUUUGUCAAAAGUGCCUCACCGCUAAACUGCCGAAAAAAAGAAUCUAAAUCUUUGCCCUGAUGCCUCUGCCUGUGGAUGUAUUCAGCAGCGCCUGCACACACUCCUUUUUUACUCUUUGCCUUUUUCGAGCCAGUAAAUCAAUAAAUCGCUCUAUUACCUGUUGUUGACCCAGCUAGUCUUGCCUUUGAAAUGUGUUACAGAGCAUUAAGUAACACAUGUUGCUGUGUGAAAACAAAGCUCUGGCGGCCGGCGUGGCGACCAGCUGAGUAAACGUGCUUGAGGGAGCAGUGUGUGUGUGAUGGCAGAGAAAAGAGGCCCACACUUGUCCCAGGCAGCGCUGACCAAGGUGGAUCCAUGCGGCCAACAGAUGGAUAUGUAACCCUGUAUCCCCAAAGAAAAAAAGAAAAAAAACACAACCAAAACAAGUGUCUCUGAUCCAGCUCUGAAGCCUUUGAUCAAUAGCACAUCUCUGGCUGCAAAGAGGGACUUCUCUGGACCUCUGAGCGCACAUGGACCUGCAUCUGUAAAAACAUGGCCGGGGAGGAAUGUGUGAACAAUGCAACAAAAGAAUUUUGUUCAAGAAACGUGGGGUGGAUUUGGCUAAUGAGUGGUUUGUGUGGUUUAGAGUUUGAGCGUGGUGGUCGGAUCGAAUGAGGAGCUGUGGAAAUAUUCUCUGUUUUUAAUGAUAACAUGAAAGGGAGACUUGUGUUUUUGCUUUUUACAGAUGUGAGGGAAUACAAGUGCAGUGGUGAAAUGAUCCUUUUUUAAGUGCUUGGUGUCAAGAAAUUGUGACACAGCCAUGGGAAGCCAUAUUACCUCAUUUCAUUUUUGUGUCAUAACCUUUCUGGUUGUGGUUAUAAAUAGUUUCAUCAGUGUCCAGAACAGAUUCUUUCAUCUAUUUAUGAGUAAUUAGAUAUCCUUUUUUUUUUCAAAUAUUAAAUAAAGACCACCUCAGAAAGACCACCCACUUUCCUCGACUGUCCUGAUACCUUGUAACUAGUGUUGUUGAUCCAUUUAUUAAGCAGUGUUAGGGCAUUUACUGUAGCCAUGAUGACUCACAAUUUCUAAUAAAGACUGUGUUGGGCUGGUACAGUUUAGCCCAUGUACCAUUAAUUGGAUAGCAGUCAAAGUUAUGUGUGUGUGGGCAGGAUAUUACUUCCAGACCUGGAGUCAGCUUGGCUGUCAAAAGGCCAUAGGGGUUGUUUUGGCUGUUAAAAAGAUACAGAUUUGGGAUCAGUUUACCCCUCAACCUGCAGGAGAACAUCUUUAUCACUGACAUUUAUUCAUAAUUCUGGUUCAGUUUAGUUUGGAAAAUUUUGUCUUGUCCCGUCCCCCUUUUUCUCUGCCUUCAUGAGGGGGUGUUGGUCUUCUCACAGCUCUUAGCUUGGCCCAUUGCCAUGGUGAUGGUCGGGUAGUUCCAGGGCGAUGAGGUGUAAUUUACCCAGCAUUUCCUGUCUGAUCCACAGCACCCUAAUGAGUUAGAGCCCUGCUUUUAUAGCAGAGUGUUUGUUAACAGGGCACAGCAGGCGUGUUGUUUGUGUGUGUGUGUGUGUGCCUGUGUGUGCGUGCGUGUUUGUGUGCGUGUGUCUUUGCCUGCCAUUCUAUCUUAAAAUGUUUGUUUAAGUACAUGUACACCUAUAGGUGGGACUAUGUGUAAUAAUACAAGGGUCAAUGCUGAGGCCACAUGGCUGCAGUACUUGGUGUGACCCCUCGGUGUCAGUAUUGACAGUGUGCUCAGUGAUGAGGACUCAUAGAUCAGCGUGUGAUCUCUGUUCUUGUACAGAGUGAGGUUUCACCUUGUGAACUUGUCUUCACAAAAGGUCCGGUAUGUUUUUACUGAGAAACCAUCUAUAAACCUUCUUUUUGAAUAUCAGCUCGAUAAACUUUUUCUUCCUCAAAAAAGACCCUUUUAAUUCUUGUGGGAGACACCAGAGAAAACAGAAGCACUGUAAUACUUUGGAAAUGUUUAAUUGUGUAAAUCACGUUACGUCUCAAAACAAAUAGUCUUUGGGGACCAUGGUGGCUGUUCACAAUGUCGUCUUCAAUAGAUUUUGGAUUAGAUGCAACUUGUUGGCUUCAACAGAAUCAGUCACCCUUUUAUCAACUCAGUGAAAACGAAUAAAAUGCGAUUUGAUAAUGUCUAGAAACGGUGAAUAACUUUUGACUUUGACAAUAUUGCAUUGGUAAAUUGCGAAAACAUAAAGAUAUGAAAACAUCUACUGCUGACAUCAUUGCACAUUAUUUGCUGAUAGGGUAGAUACUGCCUGACCAAAGUGUUAACCAGUACACAUCAGGGUUUUUCCUGGCUCAAAUUGAGGCAGAGGUGGCACCAUCCUGACCAUGCGCCAUGACGUGCAUGUAUUUGUAAAUUCAACCGAUUCACUUUCUUUUACAGGCAACAUACUUUAAGUUAAGAGUUCAAAAAAAGAGUGUGACCAUUAUCAUGUUAAAGCAUUCAUUUAUUAAAACUAUAUACAUACACAAAUCAGCUGGCAACUUUAAAUUGAAAGUACACUUCAUCCACACAUCUCACAACCAGACAGAACAUUUCAGCCUCCUCUUUUUCAUUCUGUAGAACCUCCUCAUGCACUCCUUGUAGUCCAAGGCCUCCUGGUCUGGUCCAUCAACGGCCACCUUACAACAGACAUCCAAGUGCCUCUCCUUCAGUCUGUUCCACAGAGGUGUCUUCACCUUAAACAAAACAAUUCAUCAUGCAUUAAGUAUUUUUGUUUUUAUUCUGAUACAGACAUGAAGAGUGAUAGUGUUUUCAAUCAUAUAUAUGUAUACGCUGCAGUGUCCUCCCUAAAAAAAACGACAACCAAUUAUUUCUUAAACUGUCUAAACUAUGUUAUUUUAGUUUUUGUAACUUUAUUAGUUGAGUGUUUUUAGGUACUACCAUCUUUAAUAUACUUCUCCUUCUCUUCUGCUGCUUUGUGAAUGGCUGUCACCUCAUGUCUCUUUAAUGUGUCCAGCCUGUAGUUGGUUGAUGGCUGUCUCACUAAGGAGGCAGCUAUUGCCUGCUGUGUUGGGGCACAGUGCUUUUGGCAUAAAUAGCAGUGCAUGCCUUCCUCAGUAUGCCUGAGCCAGGUAAAUUGAUUGAGCCAUUGCAUGUCAAAGCCACUGGCUCUGUGUUUUUGAGAAGAUCUAGAAAGAGGAAUAAAAACCACGUACACGUCGGCUUUGCGUUGUUAUGCUCCUAAUUGGAAACUAAUUAAUUAAUUACCCUCGCCUCGCCGACUCGUCCUGUCCUGCAUUCUGACCCUCGCGAUCACCAGUCCCUUGUGAAGUACUUUCAGACCUGACACAAAUGUCCACGUUGUCACCAACAUGAAUUAUAGCAUUUUAACUGCCUGUUGCGUUUUGUCUCUGCUGUGUUUCACCUGGACUCUUGACUUUCCUCCUCGCGAGGUCGCUUUUUAAAGUACUGGGUGAUUUUGCCUGUCAUAACUGCAACGCUAAAAACAGAGUAAACUUUUUUUUUUAAAUAAACACGUCAUGCUUGGAUGCAAAAAAGACAAGCAGUAUUUACCUGUUUGUACCAUCCGCCAGCGAAAAUCAGGACGCCGACAGCACCAACUAGCGGGAAAAAAAACUUGAAAAAACAUGAUUCGAUCCGUUUCUUCUUCGGUAGAUGCUUCAGGUCUUUCCGGUGCACUGCUGUUGAUAUAGCGCCUCUAUAGUGGCGCAACGCUGCAACUGCAGUUAAAAUACGUUGCUGCUGCAUCGGGACAUCAAUCGCUCAAUCAACACAGCUGGAGCUUUACGCUGUGUUGAGCGGAAUCAAUCGCUCUGGCUGGGGGCGGCACAAAAUUAGGUGGAGGCGGCCGCCACGCAAUUUUGAACGCAGGAAAAACCCUGCACAUGUUGUUACAGCUGGUGUUGUGAAUUAAAACAUAUAACAUGCUGCUGAUACAUUGAAUGAAUUUAGACGUCCAGUUUGCGUUUUUAUAUUUAUUGGGAAAGGACAACAUCACAAAAUAUACAACAUCGGGACUUUUGCGCAAGUCUCUUUCCUGUCAGAUAUAAGAACAGAAAGAAGGCAACAUGGCCUGUGAUUGGCCACUCUGACAGAAUCUGUCCAUCCUGCAUCUGUAGCCUAUUUCCAGGUAAGAAUUCAACAUACAUAUCAAUACCCGGCUUCACCUCCGCUGUCCAAAUUUUUUACAUCAGUUUUCCUGCGCAUGCUCAUCACACACAUUAAGGUUAUAACUAUUUAUAUAUGAAUAAUGAAAACUUACAGAUUCAAUAUUUUCCAUCAAGCAUGCAAAGUUGGCGAACUCUUACAAAAUCUGCUUGCAGUGGAGUUAUAUAUUCACAGGGUUUUCACUACAGCCUCCCCCCACGUUUUGAAACAUUCCUGGAUGAAACCCUGAAAUAUCUCAAAAAAUUUCAAGCCAGGCAUUUAAUUAAGGUGUUACUAGAUGGAGCCACUUCUUAGAGGUUGUUAUUUUUACUCACUGCUGUGAAAGCACCUUCAGCAGCCUCAUAUCAUUCCUCUGAUGAUAGCGGAGAGUCACCAGUUUACAGGGUCGCAAUUUACACCAAAACAGAAGUGAGAUCUGUGGCAGCAAGCUUUUACUGUUUUUACCAAAUCCAACAUCAGAGCUAACCAGUUUUGACAACAAAUUACAAAUAUUGCAUGUUGUAAUACUGAACAAAAUUUUCACUGUGUGUUGUUAAUGGAAAAGUUGUUGUAAGACCUGGUUAGAAGUAAGUUAUAGGGGUAAGAAAACUAGGACCCAAUAUGCACAGCUAAGUGAUAAGUGAAAGCUGGGAUUACAGUUUACAGAAGCAGAUGUUAACAUUACAGUUAUAUCCUCGAACAAAUAACUGUGCUAGGCAGCCAAAAACAGGCAGAUUUGCAGGUUCAGUUUUCAGUUUUCUGUAUGGAUGUAGUUUUCUGGCUCCUGUAUUUUGACCCAGAUCUUACUUUGUAGUUCUGUGUGCUUGUGUUUGGCUCUAGAUGAUUUCUUCCAAAAUUGAGAUUCUAUCAUUACAUUUGUACACAGUUAAGUUGAGAGAUGAUCAUAGCUUGAUUAGGCAAUUUAACUGGACUACUGUCCUUGUACUAGGGCUGCAGCUAUCGAUUAUUUUAGUAAUCGAGUACUCUAUCGAUUAAUCUGUCGAUUAAUCGAGUAAUCGGAUAAGAAAUGUUUUGCUCUCACUGUAAUACUUUGCAUUGAAUCACGUUUGCCUCAUUAAAAACCAUCAGUAACACACAAAACUGAAAUAGGCCAGGUCUUUCAAAUGAAUAUUUUUACUGCAUAAAUCAGGAACCAAAAGUUUUACAUUUUACCAUGUAGUUCACAUGAAACUACUGAAGGCAAGGUCUGCAGAUGGUCUUUUAAUUGCUAUGGUAAUGAUCUUUGCAGUUUUCACUAAACCAGUCACAACUAUUUCCAGGCUUUGGAUCUAAUUUUACUUGUUUAAUUAAUAGGCUGAAAUAAUAUAAUUCUUGGAUACUAACAUAAUUUGACAAGCAAAUGUACAUUUAUUCAAUAUAUAAAAGUGUUACAUUUUUAUUUACAUGUUGUUGUGUGUUGGUCAUUUUGCAGCCCUCUGCUGCUCAUCACACGCCUAGCAGGUGGUGUAUAGCAUUAUCACCAUGGAUACACGGAUGUUUGUGUGAUUUUUUUCAUCCACUGCCGCCCGGUUUGUGUCGUGUAGAUGUUGAUUAUGAAAACACUUCGCAAUAAUUUGGAAACGUGAAGGGGGAGCUGCUGCUGCCCGGUGUUUACGGUAAAUAGACGCAAACACCGACCAAGUGGACGCUUCGGUCUCCGAAAACGCCGAGACAAAUUUACAAACAGCCACUAUUUCAAACAACUGGGCUCAUAAUCGUGAUGUAAACACUUACUUUCUCGCUAGAAAAAAUAUUAUUAUUGAAUGAAUUUAUAUAAUUUGUCCGGUAUGCAGUCGUUCUAUGUAGCUUGUGGUAGGACUAUUUUAAAUUUUCCCGGCGCUGCGUCCGGCCGGCACGAAAUGCAUUCUGGGGUAUUUAGUAUGUAUGUGUGUAAACGCUCGGGCAGCCGCGGCAUACUCAAAUCAUCUUUGAGUAGUCAGUAGGCAGUAGCUACUGCUUGAGUAGGUAAGUAGAUAGCAGGCAGUAUGCCAUUUCGGACACAGCUUCUGUCUGUCCUCGUUUCCCUCCAUGAUUGAACCAAACGCGCGGCAGCGGAAGGAGCGGAAAGAGCACGCUUCUGCGCAACAGAAAUAACCGUCCGUGUCAAACACCGUGCGCUGCACAUGGUUCCGGAUUUAAACGAUUCCUCGAGGCAUAUAAUUUGCCUCGAGGAAUUUUAUUAAUCGAGUUACUCGAGUUACUCGAGUAAUCGUUUCAGCCCUACCUUGUACCAUAUCCAGGCAUGUUAUGAGAAGUUCAAUGUAGUGUGAUUUCAGUUGGAUUAAUGUGUUAACAUGUAAUUUGAAAGUCAAGUUUCAGCCGGACGACGACAAAAUGACAGGUAAACCUAUUGUGUAUCUUGAUAUCUAAGGGUCAGAACAUGUCUGUAGAUAAUUUUGGAUAAGUGUGAAGUGACUUGCUCGAUCUCUCUCUGAUAUCUGUCUGCUUACUGAUGCCUUUUGUCCACUAAUUAAUAUCACACCAAUCUUGAUAUCGUUUACCAUUUUUGAAAGUCGAUGAGUUUGGAUCUUUGGUGGUUUGUUCCCAUGAUUAGCUCUAGACUAGUUGGCCACUGUAUAUUGAAAUGAUUUGCCUCCACCAAGCAGCAACUUGGGUAUCGUUCUUGAUAUGGUGACUUAAGGCACCUAGACUCUGAACUUUAUUUGCGAUAUUCAAGAUAUCAAAACAUCUUUUCUGUUGUACCCCAACUCAUUAGCAAUAGAUCCUCUUGCGUGAAGGCUGUCAGUGACCUGGCAUAACUUUGUGGAUAUGCUCCUGCAUUUUUAGGACUACAGAUUACAUUUUGUUUUGUAUUUCAUAAGUGAUUAGCACUAAGGGUAAAUCAGUAGUCCUUUGAUUUCAUCUCGCUGACCUUAUUUUUCCAGUGAUCCCAAAGUCUCUCUGUCCAAUAACAACAUAUCUCAUGAUGAGUCCACACUGGAUAAAAAUGCGAUAACAGAGCAAAUGUUUUUGUGACGGCCUCAGUGGAUUUUCAUGAUCAAAAAUAAUAUUUCUAACUUUAAGUGGGCAUUUAGUGGGCACUUGGCUGGUUCCUUUUUGGUCUUUUUCCAUGUUUGGAAGCGGCUUUAGAGCUUCCCAUCACAUCAUUGGCACAAGUUGCAGACAGGCGGCCUCCUGUUAGCACUGUACUUCAUUAGAACCAGGUUUCAGUGGUACCACACACAUUCAAACAGCGGGGCCAUCUCCCCAGCAUCAAAGCAGGUUUUAUACAAAGGCUUGUCUCUGUGUCUGUCUUCCCAUCAGUGUCUGCUAAUGAUGCAUGCCGCACACGUUUUUAACAUUGACACCCUCCUCUCCCCAUCACUCAUUCACACUCUCAAGCCUUGCUUCCAUUUCUCCCUCUCUUCUCCCUCUCCUCCACUCCCUCAUGCGAUCAGGGUGUUUGUUUGGCUGCUGGGUUUUGUUUGUUUAUUGUUUCCAGAUGGCAGACGCAGACUUCAUUUGUGUGGCUUUCAAGUUCCCAGAGAGCUUUUUACUGCCUUGGCUCAAGCGCUUAUCCUGUUUCCUCUAGCCGGGGCUUUAUGAUGGGCCCUUUUAUACGUAGCAACUGGAAACAACUGUCACUACCAGUCUGCGUCAGGGAGAGCUGGAGGAAGCCCAGAGAAAGUGUGUCUUUUUUUCUGUGCAUUUGAACAUCUUCGUAAGUGACAGAGCAGCCUGUCUAAAUAUGAGGACGAUGUUUCCUCUGUGCUGGGUUACGAGCUUCUCGGAGUCAGCAAGAGAUUGUUUUCCCUUCUUCAGACUUCAGUUGCAUCAUCAGCUGAAGGGCCGCAGUGUGCAAAAGUAAUUCUUUGUUGACAUGACGGCUGGGCAACGUGCUCAAAGUAGUGCUGAAGCUGGUAGUUUGUACUUUUUUUUUUCCCCCCUCAGAGUCUAGUCUGGGCAUCAUUAAGCUCUGUGACAUCACUUAUUUACAGGAACCCAGGAGGGCGACUUGCCCAGUAAACGUGGGGGAGGACCAGUGCAUGUCUUUUACUCAUCGGAUGCGGUUUUUAAGACGGCGCAGUAAUCAAAGCUCUCAGCUAUAUAAAACCCACCCCUUCUCCUUAAGGAGGCCUUUUCCUCUGGCCGCUGCUGAAUGAGUGAUUACCCAGGCAUUCCAACCUGACUAAUCCCAUUUUUAGCAGUGAUUUAACACAGAGAAGCAGUGGCCAGGGCUCUCCAUUCUUUAACCUAGCUACAAAAGUAAUCACUUGAGGGAAAUGUCAACCUGUGUGACUCUUUAUUGUCGCAAUCGAGCAAAUUAACAGCAGAGUUAAUGGAUUUUUGGCAUGAAAAAGUCAUCUUGUGAAAGAUGGCAGGAAAACGCGGCUGCGCAGGCUUUUCAUGCAUUAAAAGUCAGCAUCUCAGAUUACAUCACAGGAUAAUUAUGAGCUUGUUCAGGAUCUACCAGGGUCCAUGGUUAGCACGCUGAUGGAGGCUGUGCUAGUGUUGGGACUGGCGGCACAGUUACCACACUAACCGGCUUGUGACCCUGCACAAGGGGAUCCAAGCCGAAGUGUGAGGGGAUCUGACUUAAAUGUCCACGUAAUCAGUGGUGUUUGUGUUUUACCACCACUGAGCGCCUGGCUGGCCGGCUAAUCUCAUCAGGGUUUGGGCUCUGGUGUCGGGGUGAGGGAGAGGACAGCCUAGAAUGACCCAUAUCCGCGUGCCAGGACGGCUUCAGCGCUGUGGUUCCAUCAGAGUUUACUACGAGGCCCUCUGCCAGGGUUUUUACUACUGAACUGUCUGGCACAACAAGAUAAAGCCUGCUGUAAUGUCCUCUAAGGACACAGACACUCUCACUGUGGAGGGUUAGCUCCUGUUUGGGUGAUGUCACCCACUCACGCAUGUAUGCUAGGCAGACAAGAUCAAUAUUCAAGAGUAUGGAAAGUGUGAUGUUGGAGCAGGAGUAGGAAAGACAGAUUUUUGAGAAUAUUUUAGAGAUUGGGGAAACAGCCAGUGAAUCACAGCCAGUCAGAAAGCCCCAACCUUCAUGUGUCAAGUCCUGUUUGAUCUUCUGUUACAGGACUAAUACUGCUGAUGUCAGACCACACAGUCUUUAUGUCUUUUCAAAGGUCACUGUCUUUGCUGAAUUGAUUAAAACCAUAAGUUUGUCAUGCGACUUAACUAACAUGAUGGACUACAUAGUAGGACGGUCAAUAUUCCACCCUUUGCGUGUUGACAUUGUGGAGAAACAUUAGUCUUUGUCUCAGGCUGGUCUUUGGAGGUGAGAAAUAUAGGAGGAGAUCUUGUUCUGCAAUCCGUGCCACAGCAGAAGAGCUUGUGGGUGCAUCUUGAUGGCAACUGAAACCAUAGGCAGUGGUAGUGUUAAAAGUGGUGACAUUUGCCUAAUUCAUAAUAGUAAGGAAGUAAGAAUACUGUGUGUAAAAGUAGGACAUCACUGAUCGGUUAUUUUGGGACCUUUCCCAACUUUUGAUGAAGGAAACGCAAAUGAUCUUGCACCAAGCUGGACCAGACCACAUAGUAGAAAUGCAGCUGUGGUUUUCAGUUCAGCUCAGGUGUCACAUUUUUAGCCAAGAUAAUGUUGUCUAGAACUAGAUAAAAAUGCUUUUUGAAUAAAACUUUAAAUAAAACACGAGUUAUUACCAGAAACGCGAGGAUGCUGGUUUACUGUUAGCUUAUGUGGGUGUGUUUGUGGUCCUCUUUUGUAGUGGAACCUUCACCCACAUUGUUGUUUUAGUGAAGUGAUACCGUUGCACUCACUCUGCUGCACCCAUAGGAGGUCAGAAACCUGCUCAGCCCUGUCCCUCAAACCUCAACACACACACUCACACACACAGAGAGGAAACAAAUCAGCAGCUGGCUGUUUGAUGGUCUAAUUUAAACCAGUGGAUAUUUCUGAGCCUUUUAAAUCCCCUGACGUCUUUUGAAUGUGUGUGUGUGGACACAGGGGCGUAAUAGAGGAAGUUCUUUUUAUGCCAGGGUUGGAUGGUUUUCCUAUUUUUCUGUGAAGCUUUAUUCUAAAUAUUUAGUUUUCCAUUUCACAGCAGACCUGCUCAUUGAUACAGACACCAGUAAUGACUGCGCCACCUUCUUGUGAGUGACAAAUGAGCAGCAGAUCACUUUUACCGGUGUUUCAUCUACCUCGCUGGGCCUCCACGUGUAGCACCCAGUUAGAACUCCGAUCAAACACAAUUGCAGGAUUUUCAGGGUGCUGUUUUGUAUUUGUUUUGAGGAGGAAAAACUGCAUAUGAAACCCUCAGACCCAGUUUUGCGAGGGCUUGAUUGGCCUUUUUAUUUCCACGACUAAUGAAUGCAGAAUAUUCAGACAUCCAUCUGGGAACACAUGUUCAGAUCAAACAAAGCAUUUGAAAGAGUUCUAAUUCUCACUGAGGCCUAAUUAUCACCUAAUAGCUGAUUUGGCAACAAACAAGUAAUAAUUAUCUCUUAUGCUUCUAUUAGCGGAAGCUAUGAAUGGAGGCACCUCUGCGUAUGAUCAUAAAGGGUUAGUGUUUAUGAAAUAUACCCUAGGAGUUUAAUGCACGUUGGUUUAAUUUUGUUUUUUAAUCUGAUCCUCCCCUCACUGAAGAACUGUGGUUUUGCAUUAGCUGUUCUUCAUGUGUUAUUCUCAUGUGUGUCCCCCCUGUGUGUGGAAAAUUAAAUGUUUUUUAAAAAAGCAUUGUUUUCCACAGAGGAAUAGCUUGUCAUCUACUGUAAACCUCAUUUUUUUUAGUGUGUGUGUCACCUCACUACUGGUUCAUUUGUUUAGCCAACAGCCUGCUACCUAAGCUUAUUAAAUCAAUAGAUUAAAAGCAUGCCUCGCUGUGAUGUUAAAGGCUAGAAUACAGACAUGCACACUCAGACACACAAACACAAGCAGCAUGGUAAGUUGGCUUAUCUUUGAUGUAUCCCGAUUGACAAAGAGACUCCCUCCUAUCAAAGGAUUACAAAUAAACUCCAAAGAAAAGAGUGGUGCACAAAAGGUAGCCUAUUUUCUUUCUGUUUGUUUGUUUGAAAUGAAGUCUGUUUUGGAUUUGUAGUUUGUGUUUCAGCGUUUGAUCUACACGGACGACAUCAAACCUUGUCCUUUAUCCUUUAACGUGGAAUUCGUUUUAAGAUACCCCCGUUUCAGCUCGCUCCGUUUUGCCAUUUUGAGCAUGAAAAGUGGACUUCAUGCGCUGGAAGAGACAGCAGUAUCAGCCAGACCACAAGCAAAUUGGCAUGGCUUUUUUUUUGUCCCAUCUUCGAUGAUGCGGUACUUCCUCAGGCUUUUGUCUCCAGUUUGGGCCACAGCUGUCAGGCUAGGUGCGAUCCAUGCUCCCCUCCCAAAAACCUCAGGCCACGCGCCGCUGCACCCCAAACACUAAAUAGGAGCAUUAGACACACCGUGUUAAGGGCUGCUGGUGUUUGAGCUGCGGUGAGGGUGCGUGUCUUGUCCCAUAGCAAAAGGCAUGCGCAUUAUCACAAACACACACACAGCUGCACACCACUCAGCCAAAGUUAUCCUCUGCCUCUAUAAGACAAUAGAUUUAUUCUUUUGUGUUUAUGUCCCAUUGUCCUCUCACUGACUCCUAUUUUGUCUCUUGCCCAUUGACCCCUCUUUCUUUUUUAGCCUCCCCGCCCUGCUACAGAUCUGCACUGUGAAAAUACCCACAAGGCCUUUCCACCCAUAUGUAGUGUUGCAGAUUUUGAUUAUGCGCCACCGGCAUCACACCUCAGCAGGGUAUAUCCAAACAUGAAAAUUAAUUCACAGCUAAAUGCUGCUAUAUGCAGUCUGAGAAGGAGAGGAGAGAAGAAAUCAAACACAGGUUUACACCAGUGAACAGAUCCAGCAUUAAGAAAGAGAGCCUAAAGGCAGGCGGAGAAGGCAUUCAUUAAUGUGCAAAGCAAAUGGAACAGUUACAUCCCUCCCUUUUCCCCCCUCCAAACAACACACACGCACACACAUACACACGCGUCUAUGUAAUGACCAUUUCAAAGGAGUGAAAGACCUUUUUGAUUGCAGUGAAUAUGAACAGGCACAAAAUAAAACAGAUGUAAAAUAUUCCUGAAGCUGCCCUAAAAAUCAAGUUAAUGGAAAAAGAAGAAUAAAAUUAGCAUAAUGAGCUGUAAUUGUAAACAGAGCCAAACACUCACAGGAGAGUUGCAUUGAUCAGUCUGAGCUGAAAAAGUUUGAGACUGGCUGCUGCUCAAGUUUCUGGAACAAACUUGGCCUGAGAAGUUCUCAGACUCUCAAGUUCUCUUCCCUUUCAGUUUUUCCUGAUCAUGUAAUUUCUCAAGAGAAAAACGACAACAACAGCGACGACAUUGUUCCUCUGUUUAAAUCUUGAGGAAUUGUAGAGUAUAAGCUGCAGCCUUUUAGUGUGUUAUGAACUUUAGCAUGAAAGUACUUGGGCAUGACUUUGUCUCAGAGCAAUGCAAAUGGAAUUGCCCCCUGAUGGUUUGGAAUGCACCCAGCUGGCCUUUAAAAGGUGAUAAUUGGAAAAUACAGGAUGAAGCCACAGUCAAAGUGGGGACCUUGCAUUAGACGGAGGUAGCCGUAGCAAAGGUGGAGGCGAGUAGGAAAAGGAGAGAUGUAGGAAGAAUACAUGACGUGAUUUGAGUCCACUUUUAUUUGUCUAAUAUAAGCUCCAUUUAGAGUCUCUGAAAGAGUCCAGAUUUCAUUUGUUGGGGUGAAAGAGUCUUUAUUAAUAAUGUCUGCAGGAGCCUAAGUUAAAUACUUGAGUAGUGUGGAUGCUGUUCAGGUUCUGAGCUGUAGAUUUGCUGCCUUAUUAAUCAGAUGUAGCCUGUGGCCUAGGUAGUCCCCUCAGAGCAGAUUUGAAUGGUUGUCUCAGCAAGAAUGAAUAUGAUUUGAAAUCAAAGCCGAAAUUUUUACAAUCAUAGGCUUUGCAUUUUCUGUCCCAUUCAGUCAGUUUUUUUGUUAGUUUGUUGAAUACAUUACUAUGCUGAGCAAUCAUGACUAGCUUAUGUAUUCAAACCUGAUCACAAACUUCAAACAUAGACUUGUUUUUUCGCUAACUUGCAUGACUGUAUCUGGUCUUUUUUCAGACGACUUCCAAUCCUCUGCAGCCUUUAGUCAAACUUUCCCCCUCUCACUGUCAAUAAAAUAAGCAGUGGCGAUCGUGAUGAAGUUCACCCUCAACAGACCAAUGAAAAUCCCUCUGCAGACUUGAGUAUAUCCUCCAUCUUUAUGCUCAUCACACCACAACUGGUCUGGCUUUCUUUUCUGUGUUUUGUUUAGUUUUAAAACAGUUAGCACAUCUCUUGCCGCACUCCUUAUCCUUAAAAGAUGAGGAAGUUGUAACCAAUAAUGGAACAUAACAUCAGUUGCGAUAGUAGCAGCUCAGCUAUCAACCCCCUCACUUAAAUAAUUCAGUUUUUUGUCAAGCCAGUAUAAGAUUAUCUGCUGAACAAAAAACACUCACCAAAAAGACUGCGCGCCAAGGAAACCUUAGCUGAUGUCAGUGCAGCUCAGCUAUCAGCCCCCUCACUGAGCGUAGUAUUUCUGAUUUAUUUUAAUGUUUUACAAUUUCCUGUUUCUUUGUUGUUCUAAAACAUGGAAGACACCAUAGGGAUUAGAUAAUACAAAAACCUUUAAGUCAGUUAAAGAUAGAAUAACUGAUGCUAGGUGAGCUGAUGUUCAGGCAGCUCAGCUCGCUGUCCUGGGAUAUGCAGUGUUGGUCAAAAGUCAUCAGAGAGACACACUUCCCAUUGUUUUCUUCUUGGCUAAAUUUAGUAUUCUAACAUUUUUAAAUGAGGCCUGUCAUUAGUCACAGUGUUAUGAUGACAUUCAAGAGUAGUGGUGCAACGGAUCACAAAACUCACGGAUCGGAUCGUUCCUCGGAUCAAGAGUCACGGAUCGGAUCAUUUUUCGGAUCAGCAAAAAGAAAAAAAAACAAGACAAAUAAAAUAUAUAAAAGUAGUGCACAGGGCAUAAUAUCUUCUUUUUAACAUAAUUAUUAAUGAAAAACAACUUAAAGUACAAUAUACAGGCAUAUCUCCUUCCUUUAAAAUGUAACAAUGAACCAAAAAUGAAGUGUGUGCGCGAUGGGAUGUCGUAACGUGGCUCAAGCACUUUCAGCAUGUUUUUAAAGCCCUCGUUUUGCACAACUGAAUACGGCCUCAUGUCUGCAGCUAUAAACACACCGAUAGAGUUUGUGAAAGCUUUAGCUUGAUCGGAUUGCGCAGGAAGAGGCUGCUUAAACGCUGCGGUGAUGAGCGGUUGUUCGGCAGCUUUCGUUUUAUCUCAGGUGUUAUGCCAAAGAAUGCACCCCUGCCGUAUAGUGCACCCCCUAACGGGAGCGCGGUUGAAAGUACAUAACAAGGCGAAAUAAUACAAGUUUUCCUUACGUUGGAUGUAUUCAACAGCGUUUGCCUUUAAUAAUUUAAUUCAGGCUAUUCAUAUCAAAUAUGAGAUCAUUAUCUCCACUUUAAGAAGCUAACGGUUGGAGGGGAUGCAGGGGGUGCGUUCUACGGCAGGGGUGCAAUCUACGGCACAACACCUGUCAGUAAAACACCCGGGUGAUGUCGCUUCAAAUGCGUGAACAUGCUCGAUGUGUUUCCACUGUCAUAUGGCUUUCUUAUGCCACAGUGCCUACACUCCGUCGCAGUUUUGUACACUGACCUCUUUCCUUCUUCAUCAUAAUUGACAGGGAAGCCAAAAUGCUGCCAUACAGGGGAUUUAAGUGUCGCGGGGCGUUCGAGCUCCUCCUUUCUCCGCUUUCAGAAAUCGAUCCGCGGAUCACAUGUGUGCCGAACCGAAUACGUCGAUCCGAACGGAUCACGGAUCAAUGAUGAUCCGUUGCACCACUAUUCAAGAGUGACGUGUGUUUAGUGUUAUCGCUGCAAAGCUCUCCAAAGUUAAUGCUAAGCCCUGAUAAUAAUUUAUCAGAUUCUUUGGAAAGAAACAGAUCUUAACUGUGUAAUAUACAGAUGCAUCAUAUGUUAAUGAACUUUAUGUCAGAGUCUGAUGAUUUGGUGUCUAUUUUCUAUGCCUUUAUUGACCCCUAAACAGUAAAGAUUACAAAAUUACAUGAAACUCUAGGAUUUUGAUAUUGAUAGGGAAAAUAGUCACAAGUGCCAUAAUUCAGAAUAGUUACACUUCACUUGUUUUGCUGCUCUCAUUUUGCUGUACACAUUACAUCCAAAAAAGUACUUUAAUUUGAUGAAAAAGUUCAAACUUCAUGGCAUCAGAGAAACCCGUGGGAACAUAUAAAGCUUUGAUUAGACAGUGAACUUCUGAGGAAAAGCUUAAAAGCACGUCCCAACUAAUUUCUAAAACCUGACACAGCAUUCCUUUUACUUCUCGGGAAGGAAGUGUAGUGGGAAGGUCAGGAGGCCUAUUCAGGAGCUCUUCCCUUUACAAGCCAACAUUCAAAGCAUUUCUACACUCCUCCUUGUGUUAGCCUAACCUAGUGUAAGCUUGUGCAUCCGGUCUCCAUUACUGUGAUCUCUUCCGAGAGAAUGUGACAGUGAUAAGGUCCUUUUGAAGUCCAGCUUUACUGCAGGACCUCUAAAGAGAGACUGAGCCAGCUGGCAGCCGCCAAACAGGAGAGAAAACUCAGAUACAUUUACCCCCAUGAACUUUAAGUUUCGGCUAUUAUCUUCAUUCAUUCUUGGUAUCUCUGUAAAGUUUAAGAGUCUCUACAGCUGUUUUCUUUUGGGUGUAAAUCCUAAUCACCUUUUAUAGGGAAACAUCCUAUUUUUUUGUGGAUUCGAGGAAUCGAUCAUAACAUUUUAUGGACACUUUGGUCAUUAGGCUCCGUUCCAAUCAAAACAGUUUGCAGCGUGUCAACUGUCAUGCCCUAUGUCAGUCCACAGACAUUUCCAGCAACAAUAUGCCAACACCCAUUCUGCACGGUGUUCAGGAAACCUCUGUAUGGAAUCUUCUUAAUGACUUCCUGUACCUGAUGCCUCCUAUUGAUACCUGGAUUCCAGCAGCAGUUCAGUGUUACUGAACUCCUGGCUCUUGGCUUAGACGUAGCUCCUGUUCUCAGGAAUCUUCAGUGAGAGUACUGUCAAUGUGACCUCUCAGUUCAGCCUCAAGGUCCUACAGUUAGUACAGAAGAGUGGACCCCCCGACAUGUUCUCAACUCAGGUUGUUUGAUAUGGACAUAAAAAGUGUGACUUGUGGAUUGUGUUGUUGCAACGGAUGAUUUACUUCGCGAGAUAAUUCUGAAUCAAUGUACUCCUUUUUGAAGUGUGGCAUGGCCAGUUACAUAUCAAUACUGGUGGAUUGUGGGAAAGUGGAUGCACUGAUGCCACACCUGUAGUAACCAGCACAGGCAUGUGAAUGUUAACUUAAAGCUGGUGGUGCUAGCUCUGCUAAAGUGAGUAGAGUCGAGUAAUGACGGUAACAAGUACUUGAUUACCCAAGUAUCCAUCCCUAUCCCUAGUUAAUAGUAGUUUAAAAUUGUUGAUUACUAGUGCAAACAGCUUUAAAAGGUACACAUUAAUUAUGAGCUGGCCAUGACAGAUUAUGUGUGCUAACAAGCACAGUCUGCUUUAUAAAAUGUCCAAGACAGACAGCAUAUAUUUAUCUAUAUCACUGUUGAGUUUGGAAACAUCACCAUAUUGGAUAUCAACAAAAUUCCAAUACCAUGCAUCCCUAAAUAUUAGUUUCAGUGUUAAAUGCACCAAAAAGGGCAGCAUCGCUUUCCUUUGUUUUCUUUCUGACAAGAAAACUAAAGCAAAAUUUCUCUGUCUGGUAGAAUUUGGUCAAAAAAGCAACAUUUAAAGGAGUUGAAAACAUAGAGUAAGUCUUAUUCGGCCCAGCUGUGUCUCCUGACUGCUCAUUGAUUUUAGAAGGCUGUGAAACCAUAUGAGAAAACUUUAACUGAGCCUCUAACAGUUUAGGGUACAGGUGAAGGAACCAUGCGACUAAAGAGACUAUUGUUGUCUAAGACUUAGAUAGCUGCAAAACUAUUGGAGUUUGCUGACUUAAUAUGUGCUGCAACCCUUACUCAGAUGGCAACCAACUGCAUUUGUCAGCUGUUAGUAAAUAGCAUCUAUUACAAACCAUGAAUAUUGGAUCAUUGGUUGUAUUUCAGAAAGAAAUUCAGUUUCACUCUUGGACUGCGCCUGUCACCCCAUUUAGAAACUGAGCAAAGGAAAAAAAAUAUCAGUGACAUUCAAUGAAAUUUGUGCAAAGGGUUUAGAAGUUAAACCUAAGCUCUGACAACAUGAAUCUUACUGUAGAGAAGACUGUAGAGAGGACCCACAUCUGAAUGUCAAAAGUAGCCAUAGUAUUGGGGGCCCUAAUACACAAUUUCAUCCGGUCCUGGAAUGCGUAUGUGCCAAACAAGUUCAAUUGCGUUUCCAUGAUCCUCCCAGUAAAGGAAGGAAGGGGCAUUGGUUAUCGCCCACACCCACCCACACCACUCCCUUAAUAGAGGAAUAGGCCAAGGGUAAGGUCUCGCUCUCUGUGCCUGUCACUUUCCACGUUCUCGUUGGCUCUUUGUUUAUGUUUCUGAAUGUUUCAUCCAAUAAAAAAUUUUACUCUAAGUAUAAAUAUUUAUGAUAUCCUCAGUUCAUCAUUAGACCCUCUGCUGUACGAGAAUACUGUAGGUAAAAGGUAUUUAGUUAGGAGGAAGUUUUAUAUCUGUUUGUUUCUUUACUUUUGAUAGUCGGUAGGGACAGGAUGUGGAUUUUUAUUUAGAGCAGUUACCAGAUAAACUAACACCAUGGUCUUUUUUUAGUAUGUUAUGCAAAAUGAUCAAAAAGAAAACUGUCGAACAGCUUUUAGUCUUGUAUUUUAGGGUGCUGAUUUUGGAAAUUGAUGGAAUAUCAGGACACAGGAUGAUACUAAACAGAAGUGUAUCAUCAUUUUAUACACUCCUAAUACCGGAAUUUUUCGGGGAUCAACUUUUUUUUUUAAAACUAACACUGUAGUAUGGUUUGAAAAUGCUGGCAGUAUCAGUUUAACCGAAUCAGUUGCAUUACAUUGCACGGCCUUUGCUUUGUCCACCCGAGAGACAUCAGUUUGGCUGGUUGGUUUGAAUCCUCCUCCAGCAGGCCAGGGUCGCUCCUCCCCUUGGACACGUACGAGCCCUGGAUGGAGGUUAUGUCACACUGUGAAGACUCAGGGCCAACAACAAAAACAUUUCAUUGACUUGGCUACAGAUAAAGAUCAUUUUUUGAUAUUUUUUUAUUUUAAUAAUCAUGCCAGUGUUCUGUAAGUAAUAUAGCUUUGUUUUUUUAAAUACCAGCACAUGAUGCAUGUUCAUGAGGCUGUCUGACUCAUAAGUGGCUGCGUUGUGGAGAGCACAAGAACUCUCCCCAUGUGGGGAGCAACACAUGCAGUGCACUAGUCCCAGCUUCCUAUUUGCAUCAUCGCCUUGGCUAAAGGAAAUGUGUCGUUUUUCAAGAUGCAAUGGUUUGCUGUUCUGUUCCUGUGAGCUUUUAUGCUGAAAACAAUAUAGGUGUGAGGAUCAAACAUACAACCAACUUUGCACAAAAUCAAUUGGCCAUUCUCUGGCGUUGAUGAAUAUAUAAGUGAGAACAUUUAAUGAAAGAUCUUGUGGGGUAAAAAGGUUAAAGAUAGGGUAAAUGAUUGUGGUAUCUAAGGGUUAAUGUAGAAUACGUAGGCAUACCUCAAUCAUGUAAGGUCCCAUGGACUGACCAGAGGGGCUUUCAGCCUACAAUCCUUUUUAUGUGGGGUGUGGGGAGGGGCCGUGGGCUGCUAUGGGGGGUUGUGGCCUAUAUAAUACUUCCAUGGUUUUGGCAGUCAGAUUUUUAAGAAACUUCCUGGUGUGUCAGGAUCAAUCGGGUCUAAGCCAGUCUUAAUUAAAGGCUCGGGGCUGGGCAGAAGUCGAGGGCAAAAGGCAUCCCUGUUGGUUAAAAGAAUGAAGUGAAUGUCAUUACAACACUUUAGGGAGCAUCAGCUUUAUUGCUUUAAAAUUCCUCUUUGGAAAGUCUGACCAUCAAAGUGACAACAAAUGAUGGUUUGAACAUACCUUUGUUUGUUCAGAAAUAAAAGCGGUGCCAUUAAUGAGAACAAUUUCUUAUUUUUAAUGAAUCUACAAUAAAAGAGUGGCAAAAAAUGAUUUGAGAAUACUCGUAAGGAGCCUUUUUUUUAGCAUAUUGUUUGUUUUUACUAAAAUUUUAUUUUGCCAUCCAGAAUUUUUUUUAAAAUUUGCAGUAAGGGAUACCUUCAUUCUCAGAUGUUCUAAAAAAUAAAAGCAAAUCUCAAAAUUUUGGGAGAAACCUUUUAUUAAACAGUCAUUCCUCUGAGGAGCCUCUUAAACAAGAACAUGCACCCUAAAUGUUGAAAGAUUGAGUCUAAAAGUCAAAUCAUGUCAAGUUGUGAGUUUUUUUAUGCUUUUUCCUCCCCUAAAGUUGUUGUUUCUCAAGUCAAAAGCAGAUGCAGUUAUCCCUUCCGACCACUUGGGGGCACAGGCAACUUACAGGGGAGAGAUGAGGAGCUGCGGUCUGGAAUUUGGAUGUUGUGUAUGUGUGAGUGUGUUUAAGUGUGUUUGUGUGUGUUUGAGGGGGUUCAUUAAUUAAACGGAAUAUGAUCCAAAAGACUCAGAGCCCACUCAUGACACAUCAUGUCCCACCAGAGAGGGAAAUAAGACAAAUGCCACAGAUGUCCCUUUUCCUCGGUCCUGUGUUUUUCUCUGGUCGUCGUUCCUCUCCAAAUCCAAACGUCAGACAGACAGCGCCUUAGUAUGUUUUGGUCUCCUGAGUGGAUCUUUCCAGUACACCCAUCUGUCAGACUUUUUGGCGAGGUCCGAGGAGGGAUACGGGGGCGUGUUUGUGUCUGGGCCUGGUGCGGGCGGAUGGGUGGGGGCGAGAGAUCAGACGUAGUACAUAACACAUCGAAGGCCAAAUAUCCAAAUAGUCUGAUGUACCAUCUGAUCUACUGUCCCAGUCACAUCCAUGUCCAGGGCUCGCCCAGGCACGGCCCAGCCCAGAUUGUAACGCCUAGUGCGGGUUUUUGUUUCGUACCCAUGAAACCAUGCUCAUCCAACCUUUGCCUUCUCUUUCUUCCUCAACCAAUACAUCUUCUUUUCCUUCAUCCACCCCACCUUCACCCUAACUCUCCUUCUGUUUCUAUUAAUUUUCUUCCUUUGACACCUGUAGAGUCAGUCAGCCGUCAUCUCUCUGCUUUACUGUACAAGAAACAACAACAGUUUUUGCUGUGGAUUAAUCUCUUAUUUUUAUGUGAACUGAUCAGCUAUUGAGUCUUUCAGAUCUGAAAACUUGGGCCUAGCACUCGUCACAAUUGUCAAGGGCCUACUGUAGCAUCCUUGGAUUAUAUUUUUAUUUGUUUGUUUUUGAAUUAAAGCUGAAUAUUUCAAGCUAAACCUCAUUUUAAUUUCAGAGUUGCACUAGGAACGAGUUUCAGUGUCCUCAUAAUUGGCACAUAGGUUUUAUUGCAUCCUGUUUGACAUGGCAGUUGGCUUUGCACGUAUCAGCUGUUCCACUUUCAAUAAUUAACUAAAUAAGAUAGUGUGACAUCCAGGAGUAACAUUAUCCAUUAUGCAUGUGUCCUCACCUGCAGAACUAAUUCUGUUAACACAUUCAUAUCAUGGAGGGUUAUGUAACUGUGCUAGCUGAGAUGGAAAGUGCGACCACCUUGCCGGUCUUAAUGCAUUCAGGCUCCACAGUGUCAGAUGGCCCCACUGAUCCAUGGGGCUCAAGAUGGCAAUGCUGUUUUACAGUCCGGAUACGUGUGCCUGUGUGCCGGCCAGAAUAUGUGUGUGUGUGCGGCAGUGUUUGUUAGAUUAGCCAUGAAUGUGCGUAUCCAUAUGGUUCAAUGGCGACACAUUUGAAUCAAUCUGGACCAGUGCCAAAUGUAUGUAACGGAUAUAUUUGUGUGUGCGUGUGCCUGCUGGUGUAUCACUGUCUAUGCAUUGAACCCUUCCCAACCUUGUGUGUGUGUUUAUAUCCAUGUGACCUGUUUUUGGUCACGUGACUUCACAGUGAGAAGAUGGUCCCAUUGGUUGCUUUUGCCAUUGGUUGAGAGGCUGCUUAAAAGUAAACACCAAUCAAUCCUCGCCGGCGCCCUGUCUCUCUGCCUCUCUUCCUCCCUCAGCUGCCAUUACACACAGACGUCAGUGACAUGAGUUGUGAAGAAAGCUCCCCACCUCUCCUCCGCCCUCCUUUCUCCUGUGCACUGUAAUCCUGACACCAAAAAACCGCCCCUCAGAGAACAAGUGUCAGCCUCAGAAUAGAGCGUGCAGUCAGCUUCCCCCUCUUCUCCCCCUCUGGUUAGCAUGUAAGAGAGUGCUAAUGUUGAUGGAGGUGACAAUUAACUAUACAAUGAUCACAGAGAUGGCGCUUGUACCGCCGCCUCACAGCUUUGCCAAAGAGAUAAGUGACUGAUCUGGGCACAAUUGGGACUGAGUGGAUGACAGAUAAGCACAUAAAGGGACAGUUACUUUUGGUGAAAAUAGAGUAAGCUUGCACACCAGAUGUUCGGCAAGCUUUCUAUGCUGUGUAUUUGACUUGCUAAUAUCAGCAGUCUAUUUAUAGAUCAUGUGGAAGCUUUAAAAGCCAAAUAGAGGCCUAAUAAGGGCCGGACAAUAUGGAUUCAAUACGCUGUCUAUCUUGAGACUUUUUACCUGUAUUGAAGAAUCUCUAUUCUUUCAUGAUAUAAUUUGGUUUCUUUGCCAUGUCUAGGACAAUCUCAUAGAUAAAAAAGAUUAUGUUUGUCAGUAGUUUUGUAUAAAAUUCUUGCAGACUGCAUACCAAGCUGCUGCUGGUACCAGUUUGUCGUCCAAAGGGCUUUAUUUGGAGCUGAAUUUUCUUUUUUUCUUCUCCUCUUCAUCACAAACUCUUCCAGAGAUUAAGAAAAGUUAACACACUAGAGACCAGAGUGAGAGCUGGUGUCUUUCAAGCUCUCUUUGGUGAACAGGGAGUGUCCAAUGAGAGGACUAGUUGAGCUCCCCACCAUAUACAAUCCAGAUUUCGAUUUUGUUGUUUGAAGUCAUUUAAAGCCUAUGUUAAGUUGGAUUUAGACAUCAUGUUCGAUGUUAAAACAGAAAAAACCUCAUCUUAACUUUUUGGCAAAAAAACAAUGAAAUUGAGCUUUUUUCCCCUGAAUGAUUUCCUCAUAUUAGAUGAAAAACAAGUUCAUUUCAUGAACACUUUUGUGCCUCUUUGUGCGCUUAAUGUCAAAACCAAACACCAUAAAGUUUAACAGGCUUUUGUUGCCAUUUCUGCUGUGAGAUAGGCUGUGCAUGUCCAUAUGGAUCGACAUUUGCCAGAGUUCAUCACCUUUGUAAAUGUCUAUUUUCCAGCUGUCCCCUUUUCUCUAUAUGUAGAGUUAUCAGGUUUUUUACAGUUUGCGCAUUAUAUGAAUUUUUGUAUUCUGUUAACAGUUUAAAAUCAACAUUUAAAUAUGUAAGAAGUUGAUGAUUUUCUGCUGCGGUGAUGAGUUUUGUUGGAAAAGUCUGACCUUGCUUUAUUUGCGUCAUAGACUGGUAAGCACGCACAAACGCACGCAUUAACUGCUGACUUCUUUGCCAGGCCCCCUUGGCUGACUGUGAAAAACAGGGGAAAUAUUUUGGAGACCCAACCCUCAGAUAUUGACCACCUCUCAGCCCCCUCUGUCAGGCUGUGAAACUGCCGAAGAUAUUUGCAUGAAAUAAAUGAGAAUCUCUCUCACGUCCAGCCCUACCACGGCCAAAGGUUUACUGUCGCAGAUGCAUGCCCCAUCUGGACGUGCUCGCCUCAUCUCCAGACUCUUAACUUGUCGGAUACAGUGUCAGGGUACGUGCUUGAUUAUGGAGGAUAUUCGAAAGAGGGCUCGGGUUAUUAUCAUUUAUCUUUAGCAGCGAUUGAGAAGUGUAGCAGGGCACACAGUCAUAAAUUAAAAAAGCACAGAGAAAUCUGAGCUGUCACAGGAUCUCUAAAGUGAGCUGUACUUCUGUGUUUGUCCUGCUUUAGAUUUCAAGAGAAUACAGGGUUGAAGGGGGUUAAGUGGUCCUCUAUCCUGUGCAAACAUGGACAUGGUGACAGCCGCUGGGACAACAAACCUCCACGAGAACUAGGCCGUCCUGCCAAGAUUCUCCCCGCCUCUCCACAUCCAACACAACACCCCCUAAAACCCUCAGCCCUGGGCUGUGAUCCUGCAUGGCCAGAAUAAUGAAGCCAUAUAAGCCUGUCAUUUGCUGCUUUAUGGCUUGUUUUAUGAAGGUGAGCUGACAAGCAGCUCCCAGAAUGGUUCCUGUCACUUUAACAGACAACAUUACCAAGAGAAAAGGAGCAUUGGGGAGGGAGGGCAGGGCAGGCUGGAGAAUGGGCCGGGGCCUUUAUGUUUGCCCUGCCAGCGCUUUGAUGGGUAGAGGUCUGGCUGCAGGCUAUCACUGGUACAUUUUACGUCUUCCACCUUUUGUCACAGGGACAUUAUUGACGUUUGACCUAUGUUCUUAUUCCCACCUCCUCCUCACUAAUCAAUUACCACAUCGAUCCAUUAAUCAGACAGGGUGAUGGCCAGUGAAAGGGCCCGUGGGUAUGUGUGAAGAAUUGUGGGAUAGGCCUGGGGCUAGUGUGGAGGAGGGCCUUCACCUGUUGAGUUCACUGUUUGGCUUUUGCCUUUCAACAAGUCCUUACUUUAGAGGCCUCUGCAGGUUCUUUAUUUCACCAGAUAGAGGUUUUUCUUGAGAUGCAGUGCAUGAAAUUCACAAGCAGUUUCUUUCACGCCCAUCUUCUCCACAAAACUUGGAGUUUUCUCACACCAUUUUUUCUCACUAGGAAUCUGAUUACAAUCCUGACUUUUUCACAAUGCUUUUUUUGUGUGUUUUAAAUUACAUGAUUUAUGUACCUACAGAAUGGUACUAAAAUCACAACAGAGAACAGAACAGUUCUGACUCUUAAGUUGUCUUUUUUUUCUGCUGUGAACCAGAGCACUCCUGUGUAUAUACAUUUUAAACCUUUUUCAUCAGUCUACAUCCAUCUACUGUACCACCAAAUGAAGCAUACUCACCUGGCGAACGCCUGAAGUCUGUAUGUGAAACAAUCUCAGACUUUUAUCAACAACAGUGUCAGGCUGCUGGUUGUAUAUCUGCAACAGCAACAACUUGACACACUGCUCCAGAAACACCUGAAGUCCACAAUAUACUGUGUCUGUUACCUCAAGAAAGUGGGUGUGAGAGUGCUGUUAUCAGUUGAUUCAGUUUUGAGUUACCUUAUUUUUUGUGUGGUAUUACUUGCUGAGGCUACCUCUGCUCUCCUCAAUACAUCUCUGCUGCAGAGACAACAUUUCAGAUGACUCAAAAACAAGUGAUUGUUUGAAACUUUUUUUUUUUUUGGCUCAUUUUUGGUAGGGCUUGGCUUUUUUUGUCCCCCACUAAAACUGCAAAAAACAUUCACACUGGUGAUGCCAAAACUGUAUUGUAGGAAUAAGAAAUGACUCCCAUUACUGGCAGUGAAUUUAGUUAGUUAUCUUCAUAUUGAAAUAAUAUUGUGUUAAACUGCAUCAUGGGAAAGAAGGGAUUGCAUGCUAGAUUGAACUCAGUAUUAUGUCGCUCCUGCUCUGGCUUGUCUUGUUUGCAAGUAUCUUAUGAUUUACCUAAAAUAAUUUCUCUUUAGCUUCUUUGACAGUUACAGCAGUAAUAUUUGUAAUAGUCUAAACUACUGUUUUGUAGAAUAUAAAUAAUGACAUGGAUUGGUGCUUUUGGCAAUCUAGCAGUCAUUCAAAGCACAUUUCUGUAAAGGUGAUACCUGGUGUUUUUUUACCAACUCAGGCAGUUCUUGUCCUGGAUGUGAGGAAAGUUAUGGGAGAAGACGUACAACGAUUUUAAAGUAAGCUAAGAUGUCCAUCAAGGUGUCACAGCCAUAAACAGACCUACAGAUUUGUGUGUUUACUUAUUCGUGUGUAAAAAAAAAAAAAAGAAAUCCUACAGUGAGAGAAAAAAAAAGUGGUUCCCAGCCUAGAACCCAACAGGGUAAAAAAUCAGCAGGAAGUGCUCUUCUUAACGAAGCAUUAUUUGGUUCGACUUCUAAAACAUUGGCGUAAAUAUCAGCGGUCAUUACACUGUGUCCCUAAAAACAAGGAUGCUUUUUGUAUGAGAGCAAACAUGUUUUUGUCCAUCCGACUGUUUCCAUGGAGGUUAGGCAGUGGUAUAAUUGUGUUUAGAGCACAAGCAGAAACGGAUCAGACACACAGACAGCCAACAGAUCAAAACGGAAGCUGCGGGAGCGGAACCCACCACGCUUUGAUUAGGUUUGGUUUGGUUUGGGUUUGGUGUGUGUACACUAAAGCCAUCACCCCAGUCAGUCCCUGCCCUUGCCAAGUUGUUUGCCAAAACAGGGCAAGAUUUGGGAAAGAAAGUUAGGAGGAGAAAAGCUGUGGGCUGUUAAAGUCCACCCCCCUCUGGCUGACCAAGGCCAGCCGACAGUCACCCAGCUCUUGUGGGUUUAGUGAAUUGAGAAGACACUUCUUGUGUGGAUUUUUCAAUUCUUCAACAUGUCAUUUGGCCGGGAGUGCUAUUGUCCUCUUCUCCCUUUCUCCCUGCUCCUUCUGCUGAGACGAGUCGUGUCAUCCCCUCGUGAUCAGCACUUUUGUUGCCUUUGUUUUUGGCCCUACCUCAGAAGUCCAUCUUGUCUUUUAUGUCCCUGCCUUUCAUGCAUAAGGGAACAGUUGUGGCCUGUUGUGGGGCUGUUCCACUGCAUUUCCACCAGUGGGGUUUCCUUUCAUUCUCUUCAAAGUAGUACAAUGGGGCUCUGAAGGCCUGAAUGGCCAAUGCAGAGUGCACAAUCCUACAGAGCCCGCUCAUUUUGUUUUGCCAGAGUCAAUAAAAAUGCUAAGUUAAAAGCUAACCCCCUUAUGCCCUCCUCCAAUGGAGUGACUUGUUUGACCUUUUCAAGCUCCCCUCUCAAUUAACUUUUAAUGAUAAAUUCAUUGAUUUUUUUCUGUUAUUUAUUAAUCUGUCCACGUUUUACUAGGAUGUAAUGUUUGUUUGGUUAUUUCAAAUUAAAAUUAACCUUUACACUGUGUUUGGCAGGAGCUACACAAUGAGAACAACAGACUUCAGUCCAGUUGUCUAUAAAAUGCAAAAACAGAGCUUCCAUUGGUACCAGCUUGUAACUGUUACAGACAGGUCUGGUGUCCUCUACGUUCUGACUUUUCCCCGUCCUGAGACCGAGAUAAAGACAUCCAUUCUUCUAAGGAGAAGUGGGAUUUAACAAGUUUUAUAUUGAGGGAUGAGGAAAGACAAGAAAAAAGUCCGCUGUCAUUCCCGGGCAUUACUGCUGAGGCCUUGCAUAAAAGCAUUGUGUGCCGAUUUGUGAGCUGGGAGAAAGCCGGGGACUUUGAGAAGGAUUACAGGUAGGCAGACAUUGGCUGCUGAAGAUAACCGCCAUGACUUCAUCCUCAUUGUGUAGAUUAAGGCAUAAAACCCAAACUAAUGAGACCGGAAAGGGGGAGAAGGCAUGGAUGGGAGGAGGAGGAAGGGGUAUUGUUGAUAGUGGAGGGACAUUGAAUUAGCUUUUUAAAGCGAGAAGAAGAAGAUGUGGGUCCAGUGGUGAUAUAAGCAGAAGAAGGAAGCUUUUAAAGAAAGGAUGCUCCAAGCUCUACACCAAGCCUGUCAUGCUAGGUUUGAUUAAAUGACUAAAGUUCAAGCAGAGUAAGAUCUUGGCUGUAGACUCUCGGAUCUGUUCGGAUUCAAUUUGUGCCUCUUCAGUACCUCGAUUUCAUGACUCAGCAUUUUUGAUUUUUUACCUACGCUUAAGAUAACAAAUGACUUACAAUUAAAACAAAUAGAAACGCCACAUAAGUUUCUUUUGUCUACUUUAAUAACAGAAAUGACCUUAGAGGAGGGAAUAGAUUUUUUUCAGAGCUAAACAAUGGCAGGGAUGUCUCUUAGCCCCCUUGUUUUGAGGGCUGGGGUUAUGGUCUAAAAAUAAAAUCCCCACUUUUUUCAUGCACAACUAUAUUAAACAGUAGGGGUGGGAAUCACUAGUGGCCCCACGAUACGAUAUUAUCAUGAUACUUGGGCCACAAUUUGAUAUUAUUGCGAUUUUAAACAUUUUGUGAUACAGUGAGUAUUGCGAUACCAUAUAUUGGGAUUUAUACUAUUUUUUUUAAUUGCUUCGCUGAUAUGGCAUUUGUCUUCCUUUGUGUUUGUCUUAUUUACACAGUAUCGUAUUUUCAUUUAGCACAUCUUGUGUCAUGUCCAUCUCAUCUGUGCUCUGCUUUCAUUCCUAAUGUCCCUCCCCGAGUGCUGCCAUGUUUGUUGUACUAACUUUUUCCUGCUUUAUGAUGUCCCCUCUGCCAACCUCACUGGACUAACAAUUAAUUUAAUUUCCCAUUUCUAUAGACUUGAGUUUAUAUUACUUAAAAAAAUCGAUAUUUGGUGGAUGAGAUGAUACAAUAUAUCAGCAGACAAAAUAUCGCAAUACUAUAUUGUAUCGAUUUUUUUCUCCCACCCCUAAUAGACAGCUGUUUAUAUCUGUUUCUGCCUCCUGUACUGCCUGAAAUAUAUAAGGAAUCAACAAGUAUAAAGCAUGCAAUGAAAGCCCCUAAAAUUUUACCUUGUAUACUGAGAUCCUCUGACAGAAAGAAGAUUAUAUAUACAAGUCAUAACUGUAGAGCUGUGGGAGGAGGUUACACUACUUGAGUCUAAAACUGCAGCUAAUCACAUUUAAGCUGAUAGCCAGGUUAUGAAACUCUGGCACUAAUAUGUAAAACAAGAUACUGAAUGUUACCAGUAAGCUUAACCAGAUUAGAGGCAUCUUGAGUCAUAGUUAAGAUCAAUAUCAGUAAAAGGUGUUGUAGUAUUGUGGAUUGAGGGUGCUUAUUAGGGAUGCACUGAUUUGAUAUUUGGAUUGGAUAUCAGCUCCGAUAUUGACAAAUUUCCUGGAUUGGAUAUCUGAUGAAUGACGCCGAUCCAGCAUUCCGAUCCAGUCUUUCUUUUCUUUAAUUAAUUUUUAUAAUAAGUAAAUUUAUAUCUGUGUUAAUUUGUUACCUUUUUUUUUUUUUUUAACAAGGCAAAUGUCAAGCCUGAUGCCUUCACUCACAGGGCAAGGUAUACAGUUCAUUCAUUCAGCAGUAGUAUUGGAUUGAUAUUGGAUGUAGGCCGAUAUGCUCAGCCCAGGUAUCGGUAUCGGAUUAGAUCCGAAAAAAAUGGAUCAGUGCAUCUCUAGUGCAGUAAGGAGUUGAAACCCUCCUUAUUGCACAUGAUGAAAUUAUCGUUGGUUUGGCAACAGAGUCGCCCAGUACAGUCAAUUCAGCCAUCAUCCACAAACUGUUUGCAGACCCAGUAAACUUUUGUCAGAGAGACUGGCCCCAGUAAACACUGUAGCCCCCAGCUGGUCGAGCCCAGAGGGGAGCACAUUGCUCAUCCUGAGCUCCAACUUGCUGGAGGGCAAGCCAAAAAGCAGGGGGCAGAGAAGAGAAAAGUAGAGGAAAAGUGUUUGAUUCUUUCCUCUCCAUAUCUUUGGUGUCUCUGGUUAAUUUUUCAGCAUUUCUCUGCCAUCCAAUUGUGUCUUCAGACCUGAGGCAGUGUGGAAAAAAAGAAAACCCACACGUACUGCAUCAUGCUGGGCGGAGGAGCGUGUGUGGGGAAUGCUUCAGCUCUCCUCUUCAUUCUGAAAACAAAAAAGUGUCAGAGAGGCAGGUGGACACAAAGCUAGGUAAAUAUUGAUGACUUUUUGACCAUUUUAUUUCCCACCUGCCGACAGCUUUCUGCAGACUGGGAGCCUGUUUAUGCUUCAGGAACAUUGAUUUUUUUCCCCCCACUCUGUAUUCAUCUUCAUUUUCACCUAAUUUAAUCUGGAAUCUUGAGCACCACGGACCUCCAAAUGUAGUUUGCAUAUUAAGAAGCAGCUGAUUAUCAUGGACUCGAAACACAGAUCUUUAAUUUUGUGCAUUUUAGACACAGCUUCUGUCUGCUCCGCCAUGCUGGAGAUAAUUGUGAAAAUCUACAUAUUGAAAGGGAGGCCGUGGUCAGGGUCUGUUUUGGUGCCGGCCUCUUGUUAUCUGCAAUGAUUCAUGUGCUAGGAUGAAUUUUACAACCUGAAUUAGGCUAUUACCCUGCCAGGUGGAGGCCGGCAGAGUGACAGGAAAUAGUGAUCAUUGUGACAUGAUAAUGGAGCAGUUACCACCAAAUAUCAGUGCAUAAUAUUUACUGCCAGACUGCAAACAACUGUGACACACUUAAGGUCAUAUGUCAAGUCAAACAUUCAUUAAGGACUUUACCAAUCCAUGCACAUGUUGCUUCCAGCAUAAGACAUGACGAGAGCGUGAUCGUGUAGAUCUUUGACUUUGGAUAAGGAAUCAUCUCACAUGAGUUUUAGAGUGAAAGAUUAACACCAGUGGAAUAUGUUGAGCAAGUGAACAUUUUGUCCUCAAAGUUAAUGUGCUGGAAGCAGAAAAAAUAGGGGCUUUUAAAGACUGAACAUCUGACAGUUACAAUGGCUAGACAACUGGGUCGACGCAUUUCCAAAAAUUGCAGCUCUUGUGGGGUGUGUCCAGUCUGCAGUAGUCAGUGACUACCAAAAGUCAUGCUAUGGUUAUACAAUACAGUUGGAUGUGAUUCGAUAUGACAGAAUACGAUAUGAUAGAAUACGAUAAGAAUGUGAUACUUCUUGGUGGGGGUGCACUGAUGUGUGUUGCUGAAUAUCAAUAUUAGGAAAUAUCAGCUCUGUUGACAGACAUUAAUUUGCCACAUUGGUAAACAAUGUGUAACUGUGCUCCUUUAUCUUCACAUCAAAGUCAAGAUGGAAGGCUAUUACACCCUAUACUGCCAAUUCAGAGAAGUUUUUUAUAGGAGACCAAAAACUGAUUUAUUUUGAUGAUCAAACAUAAAAUAAAGUGUGUUCAGAGAGGGAGUAUAACAUGGUCUGAGAAGACAAAGAAGACAAGCAUGUAAUCUCACAGCUCAUUUAAAAUCAAACACACUGAGAAGUAACACCAAACACAUCAGACUAAAUUUUUACUUGAAACAGCAUUAUCAGCUCUGACUUUAUCUAUCAGUGUAACUCUGCUGCUUUGUUUCAGCUUUUUAAGGUUAGGUAGCAAGUUGUCAUAGGCUGUGGCCCAAUUCAGGGGAUGUAUCCUUUUAAAGGGUGAAUUUGAAGACCAAUCAAACGCAAGCAAUAAACACGUCCUACUUCACCUGGGACCCAGUAUUUACCAUGACAGUUUAAGUGCCAUCUCAAACAAAGACAAUGGUCUCCUAAGCAUCUGAGUAACACACUUUUAGGUUUAUUACAACUCACUGGAAUAUUGAGCAAUACAAAUGCUAAAAGACAAAUGCCUUAAAACUUUGUUAUAGUUUAGGGUCAAAUAUAAUCAUGGUUACAAACACUGACUUCUGGAAGAAAACCAGAAUUUGACAACAGGAACUGCUGUUUUCAUCUUAAGUAGUUUUGAUCCGUUCAGCAAGCCUGAUCUUUUGAGCUCCUGAUCAAAUAUCAUUUAUAGGUAGUCGCUUAUAAAAAGAGAUGGCUUUCUCCUGAAAGUGGUUGCGGACUGUUAUAAUUUGAAGAUGUUCCAUAUCUUAACAAUAAUGGUGUUAAGUCUAGAAAUCCUUGAAAUCAGGGAACAGCUGAGAUGUUUAUCAUUGAACACUGGAAAUAGGCAUGAUGCAGGUGCAAGUUUCUCCGAAUUGAAGUAUAUAAGUUUGACCUCUUAUAAUCCUUUCUUAGUUUGUCAUUUCUUGAUGACAUGCUUUUACCUGUUACCUUGAGAAAAAUUGGUGCACCUGUCUGAAUUACAUGAUAGGGGAUUUCAGAGAUAAGCAGAUGAAACCGGGGCGUGAAAGAGGAGCUCAAUGUGGGUAAAAGUGUACAUCAGUGUUGUCUGAAAGUGUUGAAGAUAAGAUGUGUAGUUCAAGGAUACCUGGUUCAAGGUAGAUUUAUUGUAGUGAGACGCUUACAGUGGGUGUCAGAUCAUCAGAGUCCCCUCUGUUGGAUUGAAGAUCAGUUAAUAGUUCUACGGCAGUGCAUUGCUUUGUCCAAGACUCUCUCUGGUGUUGGAAGAAGACAGACACAAAUCUGCAUGCCGCCAAGCCAGCAGGGAGAAGUGCCACAUACUGUAGACAAAAAAUGAGCCUUGAGAUCUCUUCUUUUGGCUUUUAGUGAUAAUGACUCUUUAGAAAACAGGUCCAAAUAUGACUGACUGUGCUGUUGGUCGUCUGCAGCAACUGGAGGGCUUACAUCUAGUCUUAAGACGGAUUUCACCACCUCCUGACUACAUUACUCCCACGCUUCCUCCUCCUCCUCCCCCCCUUUAGGUGCCAUUGGGCCUUGGUCUACAACUACCUCCCUGCUAAUGAGAACCAGUCCCAUCCAGCACCAUAUAAACCCACUUACACACACUCACCUCUGAUCUCAGACCAGUAAACAUAGUCACUGUGGCCGGGUCUGACCACUUUACAGCGGCUAAUUUAGCCACACAGCCUUGUGUUAUCAUAACCUUUCAUGUUAGAAAAAUGGAGAAUAAACUGGUAAUACAGGUGUACAUGGUACUUUGGGGGACUAUAAAAUAAAUGGAUCACACCGAAAUGUUGAUUUGAUAAAGACGAAAGGUUUACCAGACAUUGGGGGUAUGUAAAUGCAGUGAUGCUUAUUGUAUGUUAUGAAAGAAAUGAUAACAUUUGACGGCUGUGCUAAAAUCCUUGCUGCUCCAGUUCUAAUUAAAUAUAUCUGUGAUUGUUAUGACUGAUUGCUGUUCCCUACUGGUUCCUUUUCCCAUUUUUUUGGGUGGGCUAAACCUUGGUGUCUAAUUUUGGCCAGCACUUUUACUAUUUCAAUAAGUUUUCAAUCCCUGAUGGUGUCAUAUUGUAGCCGAUCAUGUCCUAAAUCAUGGCAUGUAACAUUAAACCAUGGCAUACCAUAUAAUGAUGUUGUGUCAUGUCUAGGUAUAUAUACUGGUUAAUUGAUCGGCAUUUUGACAUAAUAUCAUAUUGGCAUUUGUUGACAAAUCUUUCCCAGCACCCAUUAACGGCAUAUCAAACCCAAAACAGUCAUUGACUGAUGUUAUGAUGUUGUACUGUGUUGUUUUAAAGGUGAAAAAGAAAGAAGAUAUCCCUCUUUAGAGGUGUAAAAGUUUUCAAAAUUCUCCACAAAGUCUUGGCAACCACUGUGAAUAAAAACAACGUUAGUUUUCCCAAUGCUCAUGAGCAUUUGCAAGAGUGGAUGACAGCUAUUGUAUCAUUGUGGACAUUAAUAUGGAUCCAAGGCAAGCAAAUGGAAAAUCUCAAAUGCUCCAUUGGAAUUAGUAAGAGGAGACCGACUCUGCUCUGUCAUUUAGAUAAAAUUUAAAUGGGGUAAUGAUUGACAAAAGGAAAGUAAUGCUGCUCCAAAACUACAAAGUUGUGGUUUUCUGUUGAAAAGUAAAAAUAUUGCUGACACGGUGGGAAAAUGACUCCCCCAAAGGCACUGCAGCUUCAAAGUAGAAGGAGUUCAUCAGGCCACUAUUUUGAGAGGACAGUUAGUGUGUUUAGUCUUUCCUGGUUAUCCGUGCAAAACUUUCACCACCCUCCAUGGUUGUAGACUCUCUUUCCCCACCCCCUGUUUUAUUUCUUAAUAAAACCUACUCUGAAACGACCUGCUUUUGUACUUAUCAUAUUAAAGAUAUAUUUUGUGGGUACUGAAUAUUCCUAUUUUAGAUAUUCCCCUGAGCAGCAUGAAGAGAAUAGAUUUCAUUUAGGUUUCAACGGCCCCCUCUUGCCCCCUCCUCUCAGCACUCCCACCAACAUUCUGUCCCAGUAUUUUAAUUCAAAUUUAUCAGUUUUUCUUUUUUUUUUUCCAUACUAAAUUAGACCUUGUUGCCUUUUGUCUGCAAAGCAACAAUGAGCUUUUUCAACAUUUCCUUCCCAAGCCUUUUGUGAAUUCUGUUCCCAGUGUGAAAAAGGCUCUACAGUAUAUACCUUAAAGCACUGAAACACUGCGAGCAACCUGAAUUGUUUUUUUACCACCAGCCGCAGACCGCUACAUCUCAGAGCAGAUUAGGCCUGAUUGGGACUGGAGGGCGUGUGGAAAUGUAGUAGACAGGAUUAAGUGGCUAUUGAAGUGACUUUAGCUCCUUUAGAGAGCAAAAGACAAGCAAAGAGAAUAAUUCAACCCCCCCUUUCGAACAGAAUAAGGAAUCCCCCCCUCCUCUUUUCCUUUUUUCUUUCUCUUGUUUCCUUAGGCAAAGAAGGACACUAUCUACACAUGAUCCCUUGAAGGGUUUCUGAUACCAAGUGGCAAAGAGAGAAUGUGUAAUAAGUUAUAUCUGUCCUUAACAUUUAGCUGUUCAUCAGGGCUAAUUGUUUCAGAGAUCGGCAAAAGAAAUAAUUACUGUGAAACGUGUGCAGGAAAGUGAUUAUUUGUGUACACAAUUGUGUUGGUUUGCACAUGCAUGUGUGUUUGGAUAUGAGGGUGAAUACAAGCAUGUUUCACUCUGUGACUUUGUGAACACUCAACACUGGGAAUGUAUGUGUCAAGUAGAUUACAUGACUAAACAUGACCAACUUUGCUAGUUGGCACUAAAACUGCUCAUUGGUUAAUUGUUAAUACUUUAAUUACUGAAGGCAAAAAAUGCUGAUCAUAUGUUAGAGCAAUAGGACAGCCACCUGCCUCUAGCUGGAGCUGUGGCUCUGGUUAAUGGCUACAGUACAGCUGUAAUACUCGACUAUCUGAAUGUAAACAAGCACAGAUGAUGGAUGGCAUCCUGCACUGCAGUAAAGUUUGGCAGUGUUUCAAUAGGUUCUUCUGUAAUUAUUCAGUAACAGCCACUUACGAAAAGUGUGUCUUAUACAACAAAUUUUACAGUAAUUAGGAAUGGCAAAGACAGUACACAACAUAUGCAAAUAGUUGUGUACUGUACUGUAGAUGUAGAUGUACUGUAAUGUCCAUCUAAUCAGUAGCAACUAACAUGAGGAUUUAGUCAUUGUAUGAAUGAGGAAUAUACUUCAGCAAAAAAGACUUUAUUUGAAGGUGUAGUAUUGGAAGUACUUAUUUUUUUAUUUACUCCAAAAAUCAACCUAGCAUACUAUAGGCAAUCAAUAACCAUUUGAGCACCGUUGAUCAAUAUUUUUGAUCCAGCAGUUAACAGUUCUAAAAAAAUAUAUAAAAAAUGACUAACUUUCAAAUCAGACUAUCAGAAUUUGAUUUAUUAAACACAAAUAUAUCGUUUUUGCCCCCAAACUUAGACUUUUCCAUGACUCAGCUCCAACCACUAUAGACUCCCCUCCUCCUUCACUUUCUGCCCUGCCUACAUAUUCAGCAGUGUGGCAACAUUAGCAUAUGAGUGGCUCUGUGUUUGGGUAAGUUUGUUCCCAACAAAGAGCGCCAAAGCUCAGGUCAACGUCUCUCAUCCACUUCAAUAGACAGCUGAAGGGCAAACAGAACUCCCCGAAAUGAAACGCUUCCAGACUUUCUCCCUGGUCUGGAGCAACGAGAGGCCUCCCUCCACAUCUACAAACAUAGUAAAAGCAGCAUAGAUAUUAUGAAGAUGAAUGCAGGAGCAACUUUUAAUUAUUCAGUGCCCUUAGCCCUGUAUGGAUGCUGUGUGCUCAUGAGUAAUGUAUGCACCACAGACAUGUAUUUGUGGAUUCACGCUAGUUCUGUCUGGGGGUUGUGUAUAUUGCGAGUGUGCACACAAAGUAUGUAUAUGCUGUGUGCCACCGUGUGCUUAUGUUUGUAUAUAUUUGUGUUGACAGGGAGAGCGGCUGGCUCCUGCCCGCAGCCUGGCAGUUGUGUACCGAAGCAUGGCGUCAUCACCAUCACUCUGCAGGCCCCUCGCUGCGCUACGUACCCCGCAGGGCCGUUCUCUACUGCCCCGGCAAUGAUGAGCGAAAAUUGAGGAAGCUGGCCUCGCUGGAUGUUGACUGCGCUGUCUUAGACUGCGAGGAUGGUGUAGCCCUCAGCAAAAAGGUACACACAAAUCCACAGAUGUGUGAAUCAAAUGCACCUUUGUGGGUCACUUACACUCCUGCACAGCUGUUCGGGAUUUUUAUUCUGUCUUUUUCCAUCAGACAGGUGCUCGGUCUUAAUCACUGAAAGGAAAACUACCUAAGUGAGAUGUUUAAAACAAGCACAUUUCACCCCAUUAUGAUGGGAUUAAGGCAGCGGUGGCCCCCUAUGGGAGCCCUUUAAAACAAGGUGACCACGUCCCACUGGGAGAGCAGCGGGAAAGCACCAGAUGCAGCAGGUUAAAAGCAUUCUCCUCCCGCCCACACUGGCUCCCCAUUGGCCCAGCUGAACUGCCCAUGAAAUUGUGAUUGGAGAGCGCGAUAAAGAAGGGGGCCUGGGUAAAAAGUUAACAAACAAAGCUUUUUAAGUCAUGAUAAUAAAGAUGAUUGAUAUGGCUGGAGGCUGUUCCUGUAGGAGACAAUAAGAUGAUGGCCUGUGUGACUGACAGGCUAAAAAUGUGACCCUGUGAUGGAGUUGGUGGAUGUCAGAGCUCCUGUCUUUAUUAUGUGGAAAGGAAUGCAGCACUGAAGCAUCCAUUCAGGCUUCAGAAGAAUUCAGACACUGGACUCUUGAGUUGUCAGCGUGUGACAGGCACAUGUCUCUAUCUUAUUUAAACAAAAGUAUCCUCCUCUGGUUCUCAUGUAUCAUUCCUCAACCCACUCAUUUUACAGAAGUCAUUAGACACUACCGGCAAUUAUCACUUUUAUUCGCCUGCAGUAUUAUUAUUUUUUUUUUCCUUUUUAAAAUGUCUCUUCCGUCUGGAUUGAGCUGAUUUGAGAACACAGCAGGAAGUUGAUCUGGGUCAGGCGGGCAAAGGUUGUGCAUGGUGUUGACCGGGAAGACUGACAUGCAACAGGGUAAAAAAGUGAAGAGGGACAGUUAUUGAGACGAGAAAAUAGGCGAUUUUUUCACAUUCGCAUGUAACAUUGAUAUAAAGGCUCUCUGUCUACCAUUAUACUGCUAACUUUACACCCGGCUUCCCUAAUGUGCUUCCAAUGUUGUGUCCUAACUCACAAAACUCAUCUCCUUCCCUUCCCAUCAUCCCCUUGUUGCCGUAUUGUAUCAUAUCGUAUCAAAUCAUCUUAUUGUAGCAAAUCAUAAAGGGCUGGGACGAUAUUCUUUUCUCCCGAUUUGAUUCGUCUACGAUUUUUUGAAUGCUGAUUCAAUUUAAACUGCAAUUCUACGAUAUUGUCGAUUUUCUUGAUUUUUAGUCUGCAUUUUUAAAACCAGUGAAACAGUUGAAUUAUUAUGAUUGUCAGUUUUAAGAUUUAUUCUUAAAUUUGAAAAUUUUUUGAACAAAAAAAAUCAAUUUUAAAAUUGUAAAACAAGAAAUUGCGAUACUUGUAUAACUGGAUUUUUUUUCUCCCAUCCUCAGUAUUGUAUCGUAUCAUAUUGUAUCAUAUUGUAUCGUAUCGGUCUGUUGAGUAUUUUGAUUUUAAUUAGCUUGUGUCAGCAAAUUUAAAACUUGACUGAAAGAAUUGGGGCUUAAGUUAGAUGAAGAUUUACAGACAGUAAAAUUGUGGUGGUCUCAUUUUUAUAAAGUAGCUUGAUUUCCUGUCCUUUUGAUUAUGAUAAUUUUGAAUAUGAGCAUAUUUGGCAACUUAUGGAAUGAGAGAUUUUCUUUUACAUUAUAAAAGGUGUGAGCUUGGUCAAUUUCUACAGUGAAUACAGUGGCUGUGAUUAUAUUCACCAUGACAACCACACAGUCAGCUCUGUGUGUGUGCCAAGAGAUGCCAGGCUUCAACAAUAGUCUAGAACCGCAUGUCUUUUUUUUUCUGAGGGGAAAUCAGAGACUGAGCUCACUAAAUACCAACCAGGAGCUCCUGUUUGGAUUCAUUUUAACAAUGGGUUUUAAUAGGUGAAGUGCGAGGUUAGUUACUGGGUAUGCUUGGAUAGGCUUUAAAUGGGGCUACUGCCCACAGCUACCCUCCUAUUAUGUGUUCAUUAAUGUAUUCUUUUCAUUAUAUGUCACCUUCACCUUAAAACAAAGAAAGAUAUUCAUGACAAAAAGGAAAGCUAUGAAGGUCAGUCCGCCCCCCUUCCCCCGAAAAUUGAAAUCCAGGAGUGCCUGCUUUAAUUGCCUGCCGCUUUGACUCCUAAAAAUGUCUGCGCUCCAUCUUGGCAGUAACACUGGCUGCUUAAGAGGCAGGGAGAUGAGAGAAGGAGUAAAGGGUAGGAGCCUCCCAGAGCUUGCUAACUGUCACCACAGACCCAGAGGGGAGAGAGAGAGGGAGGAGGAGAGAGGGGAGGGAAGACAAGGCUGACUGCUCUAACACUCUUACACAUAUCAUCAUAUCUGUAUGAUCAGUGGGGUGGAGGAAGAGGGUGGGCAGGUUGAAACCCCGGAGCGGAACUGACGGCUACACCUGUCCUCUCUCCUCCUCUUUCUCCCUCGCUGUCUUGUUCUUUCAUUGUCCCUCUCUCCCCUUUGCCAGGGUCCUCGGGGUUAAGAUUGUUUAUCUCUCACUCUCAUGUUCUCUCUCUCCUUGUGCCCUAUGGUCCAGUUUUCCUCCUGGUGUUUCGCUCCCCCUCUCCCUCUCCUUUCCCCACAUGGGUCCCUCCAUCCUCCCUGACCGCCCCUGCCUCCCUGCCGCAGAGAUUCUCUCCUAAUCCCUGGAAGUUUGGAACUAAUGAACUAACUGCUGAGCCGCUGCCACGGAGCUUGGUCCCAAACUAUACUGUACUUCACACUCGAUUUCCUCUCCAGAUGGCAUGGUGGCGCGGCCGACACGACGGGGAGCACCUCUCGUGCACAAGCACGCGCCUGCGAACGCACACAAGUAGACACGAAAUGCAGAACACAAACAUGCACAUGGGGAGGCGUGCACAUGUAGACACAGACAGUCACACACAAAUGUAGGCACAGGCAGGCGGGCACAUACACAAAUGGUUAUAGUCAGCAGCUCACUGUACAUCAGUCAAGCGUGACAGAGGACCAGUGUCCUGCUUUCACUAUCAGUCAGUUCAGAGUAGGAGCACUUGUUAGUGCUUAAAAUGAAAUGAUUUACUAUCAACAAUCCUAAAAACCCUGUGCUGAUAUGAUCAGCCCUUUCUGUACCCAUUUAUUGGAAGCACGUGAAAACCAAAACCUUUUAACUCCUGGGUUUUUUUAGACUUAUGAGUGAAUUAAUGAGAUUACAUCCAACAAACACACUGACAUGUACUUGUUUAAUGAGGGCUAGUGUGGAAAGUGUCUUGUAUGGUAAUUUAAAUUGGCAAAAUUAAAGAGUUAGAUCACAGACAAGUGAUUUUAUUUAGAGAUAAAAUUGACUUAAUGGACAGUGGUGUUACUACGACCUGGAAAAUAAAUGUUUUCACUGCAUGAAAACCCCCCAUAAUGUUCAUUAUUAUGAAAUGCAAAUAAGCUUUAAUGAUACCUAAUCCAUAACCCUAACAUGACGGGAAAGUAUUGCACCAUAAAACUUGACAGAAAAUUCUCUAGUUUUUUUAAUAAAAGCAGGCUUGAAAUAGAGAGUAUACUCCCUCAGAUGUCUACCAAUAUAAGAGACUGUGUCACCGGCAAACCCACUGUCUUAAAUAGCAUUUAAGUAAAGGUCUCACUUGAUUUCCAAAAGGAAUAUUUCAAAGCUCCUGAAACUACUUGAUAAAAGGAAUAGUAGAUUUAUAUCUUCAAAUAUUUAUAGUGUCUCCCCAUUUAAGGAUACAGUUAAGCUUGAUUUGCAACUUAACACAAGAGUGACAAGACCACUUGUUAAGAUCCACUCUGUAAAAUUGCUAAAUCCCUUCAAUAAUUACAUUUUAAACCAAUUGGAAACCACUGUUUCAAAAUAAGGCCAGUAAGGAUGUUCAAAACCCAGCUGCAGUUCCUCGAAUGUUUGCUUGAGGUUGGCUCUAAAAGGCCAAGUAUCCUGAACAGGGUCCAUGUUGAAAUUCCUGCUUUUAGAGCCAAAUUUAAUAUUUACAGCUUGGUUCAACAACCUGUUAAGGAUAUGUAGCCUAUUCAUUUAUUUGUGAAUUUAAUUUACUCUAAGGAUAACAUUAGAGAUAAGACUUUGAGACUGGGUCAGCAUUUCUGCCAACAUGAUGCCACCCAUUGAUGGGCUUGAAACAUCUUCUCUGAAUCAAUAGCUGACGUUACAAAAACUACAUACAUUUCUUGUAGAGGCCAUGAUUUCUCCAAAUAGGUCAUUUAUACCUCCAUAUUGCCAGACCCUUGCCCAGAGACUGCUAUGUUACUAAAAAGCGCAUGUUUAUUUUAUACGUGAGGAAGUCAAAUCACAAACUUAUCUGUUAUUCUGGACUUUUUAACCUUGUGUUUUGGGCAAACUACAGAUUUUCACAUUAUUUUCAUAUAUUCAUUUGCUGUUUUCCACACCAGUGGCCACUGAUCUGUAGCCAGACCUUUGCGGUGGCGGUAGGAGCAGCUGAGCGAAGAAUAGAUGGCACAUGGUAGAGUGGAUGACAUUAUUACAGUCUAUUACCCUUUUUCUGUUAGCGUCACAUUCAAUAUAUGAGCCAUGCUCUAUGCAUGAACUGUGUCUGACACCAGAGAUUUGCAACUUAACAUAAAUUAUGCAGCCAACUGCCAACUGAUACAUGACCUCCGCUCAAUGCUCACUGUGUUAUUUCAGAGGACACUGAAAGAUCUGCUCUCCAUUUAAGUGGAUUCAAAUGACUAAACUCUUGACAGAAAGAGCUCCUGGGAAAUAAUGUUAGCCCGUUGAAUUAUGAAUACUGAACAUUUGUAUUUAGUGUGUGUCAGCCGUGUAUAUGCAUGCUCUUGUGUCUGGUGUGUGUGUGUUCGUAUACUUGUGUACUCAACAUCUCUGAGGGCCCAGGAGACUUGAAAGAAACUCCCAGUCAGGCUGCCAAGACUCACAAAUGGGAUGUGAGCCGCUCAGCCAGAAAAUAGACCCUGUCCCCGCCAGAUCAGAAAGUCCCUUGAUUCCAAACCUUACCCACUGUCACUGUGUAUGUGUUGUGUGUUAUGUGUCAUGUGCCAGGUAUCGAUUUGAGUCCUUUGGGAGGCCAUGAUAGGCCAACAUGAGGUCAGGGUGCAUAUGCGAGUGAUGACAGCGCUACGAUUAGCAUUCAUUGGAAAGGCUCGUCUGUUGUCAGAGAACAUAAAAAAUAGUGGGAUCCAAAAAGUGAAACUGUUUUUCUGGAUAUCAGUACAAGUCAUAGGUUACAUCCCAGCUUCCCAAGAUACCCUGGGUUACAGGCGAGUACUGAGGUCGAGAGAGGGAUCGGAAAAUGCUGAGACACAGAGAACAGAGAGGCCCUCUCUUCUUCUCUCGUUAUCCUGUUACACUCUUGUGUUUUCACUGGCGGAGCCGCAGCCCGCACCGUUCUGUGCUACGUGGGCUUCGCAACGUAACACUUUGAGAGUAACCCCAGUUGGAGGAGUGAUGAUGGAGAAGGCAGGGAGGAGAGGAAAACAUGAAAGAGUAGGAGGAGGAGGUGGAAAGGAAUGGUGCAGAUGUUGGUGCAGGAGAAGGGAAAAAUGAGCAACGCUUUAGUUUGCAUUCUGGGUAAAAUUUCCAUUAAUCCCAUUUUUAACUGGCACCACAAGAUCAUCAGACCAGCCAGCUUUUCAACACAUUUAUUGUUAAUGUUUCAUCCACAAUGAGUAAUAAGAAUUGGAUGUAGUGGUCUUAAAUUAUUUCAGUAUUAUCUUUUAAUAUUUAGCGAUUUCUGUUGCAUAUUUAUAAAAAGAUUUUGUUAUAGAAUGUGAUGAAAUCAGAUUCAUUUCUAUUGAGUGAGACUUGGUUGCUCUGAAACCAACUGGAAAUAAAGGAUAGCUUGUAGAAAGACAAGUGUCAUCAGCAGAUAACAAAGGUAAUGCAUUAUUAAAAACCUUGGGUGAAUCAUUUUAAGUGUAUCAAAAACAGAGAGGUCAGAGGAUUGAGCCCUGAGGUACCCCAUGCAUCAGCGUAAUUUAGUAUCACCAUAAUGUAAUGUUGGUUGCAAGAUGUUGUCACAGUGCAGUUAGAUUGGCUUUUUACAAUCCUUCUAGACAUGUUUUUGCUGUUUACUUGUUGUGAUUUUACACCUACCUCACUUGAUCAGUACCUCAGUCACAUGUAGAGAGAGUAAAAUGAAGUUGAGAAUAAGUGGUUUCUGGUUUUGUCAUUGUACAUCUGCAGAGUCAGUUCUGCUGCCUUAGAAAAACCCUGCAGCAGAUUUGCUUAAGAGAAGCCGUCUUUACAUGUAUUCAUUUAUUUAUUUUUUAAUAAUUCUCUUCACGUGUUUGUGCCUUUGGUUCUUGUAAUCAUGGCUUUGUUCUGUUAUGAUGCAGCAGCCUCCGACAUAUGGUUUGGCUUUGUCUCAUUUCUAAGCGACUCUCUAGGAAAUGUUAUUACAAUCCCAUUCAUGUCUUUUGUUUGAAACGUUUAGAGUUUUGAUGAUAUGCAUUAAACUGAUAUUUCCAAAGAUUACCAUCUUCCUCUUACCAGGUCAACUUUAUUUUCCAAAGAACAGUACCUAAGGAAAAUCUCGUCUGUUGUUCAGUUAUUGUCAGUGUCGUCCACUCAGUGUUGUACAGUUUAGGAAAUUCUGUCAUGCUUUACCUGGUAAAACUGCAGCUUUAAGAUAAAUAGGGAACAAAGACUUGUAUAUCUAUUAGUCUGAGUCAUCAAGGAUGUGUUGAAUCACAACAGCAGAAAGCUCCUGGUUAGUAACAGCAAUAAGCAGCUUACACAGCCGAGUGAGCAUUUUACUGUUGAGUAGGUGUUGAAAAAUAGCCCUGGCCACUGUUUUGAAGAUGGUCAGAAAAGUGUUUUUAAUGCUGAUUUUUAGAUAUCAUUAUACAUAUAUAUAUUUAAACCAGUUUUCAUUGGAUUCAUCACAUAAUGGUUGACCAACAUAUGAGCACCAAAGAACAAAUGAUUGGGUGUAGUUUAGUCUCAACUCCGUGAUCUUCACCUUACUCCAGUGAAACACCAGGUGUCAGUCAUCCACAUCAGCACCAGCAGUCUUCUUUCACCUUUCUCUAAGGGAGAAGGUUGAAAACUGCUCACUUUACAAUAUCCCUAGAUCUUCUUGUCAACAUCAUGUAGUGUAUCAGUUUUGUGCGUGCAUAAAAUGAACAUGUUCUUCAGAUACGCUCUUAUUUCCUCUGUUCUCUCUGCAGACCUUAAACGGCUGCUCACUUUUAGGGACUUUUUUGAGCGGUCUCAAGGGUUACUCGGGGUUGCUGAGCGCUGUGUGUUAAGUCAGGUGUACUGUAUCCAGCGCAUCUCGCUUCUAACUUUUAGCAGGUGUUCAUAAAGCCAGUUCUGUUAAAAAUUUAAGGUAGUCUCAUGAACAACUUAGGAUUAAUGACAAUGGGCUCCUUAGAGGUACAACCUUUUGAGAUGGGAAAGUAAUUAAAUUUUUGUCUGUUGAGUAUUUCAUUACCCAUGGCGCUUUUAGUUUAAAGACUUGCAAACCAUCUUUGCACCUUCGUCUGUUACAGAGCAGAUUGCUCUGGUAUUUUAGGGUUUAAGUCCCUGUCUUGCAAUAAAAGUGAAAUGAAACGAAAAAAUCAAUAGUUCUAGUUUAAGUUUUCCUUGAUAAUGUAAAUUACCCGUUGCAUUUAUAAGUGAGAUUGCAGUCUUUUGACUUCUUGCCCAAUAUAUGAUAUGAAUCCUUCAAUUUCCUCUCUCGUGCCUCUUUCCAUUGUUUGGAUUUGCAUUCAGUUUAGCAUCAAACACCACCAAACUAAACUCAGCAUUGUUUAGAGCACCCUAAAGCCCCCAUUAGCCUGCCCAGAUUUAAUAAAUCUGAUAGAGUUAUGAUUUGAGCAUGCCCUCCAGCUCCUCCAUGCACUAAAGCUCACUAAUGAAGUCUUGAGUUAGUUGAUGACAUACUUAAAUAAAUCAAUCAUUAGUUAGCUGAAAGAGAGACAUAAUGUUAAGCAUAAUUAGUCCUGUGUUAGUUGGACUAACAGUAAAUUGGGUUGACUUUGUUGCUGGAGACAGCUGUACUGGGAGUUGCAAAUGAGACAUGAAUCAUUAGGAAACAAACUGAUGCAUAAUCGCUAAUGAGCCUAAUUAAGUAAAUCAUUUUAAUGAUGCAGAACACUCGCAACUCUCUAUAUGUUUACAAAACUGCUGAAUGACAAGCCUUACCUUCUCAUCUCACCCUCCAAAAUGGCGACAAAGCCUUGGGAAUUAAUUCCCUCACAAACAUGGCAAUGCAACUUGUAAUGAACUGUAACCAAAGAGCUGUAAUGAGAGUCUUUCAUGGCCAAUUAAAGUGAACAAAUACUGUGUAAUAACUAGCUGUUUUUCCACUUCAGGCUGUCAGUUUUGACCAACAAUGACAAGCAGGUUACAUGAUUUACAAAUCCCCCCUUUUCUAUCCUGCUAGUUAUGUCUUGUUGAAUGCCCUGACAGGAAUACGGAUAACACGGUGUGCCUCCGACUGACAAGAGUGAAGGCCUAAAUCUGCUGCUGCUACGUCUCAGUUAUCAGUGCAGCCUGAAUUAGUCAGUCAUCUCACUCCUGCUUUCUGGAGUGCAGCGUGUCACUUGUCAAACCCCAUCCAGGAUGACUUGAAACCUGCCAACAAGCACACACACACACACACACACACACACACACACACACACACACACACACACACACACACACACACACACACAUUCUGACAAAGGCGGAUGAACAAAUGUGUACACAGUCACACUUCAGGCAGGCAGCCUUCACCUGAGAUACUCUACAGCUCAUUUUAAAUGGCAGCGCGAGUUGCACAGCGGGGUGCAAAACGCCAGCUCUCAAAAAGUAAAAAAAAAGAUGGAAAAGCGAGAAGUACUGUCAUUGUGACUCAUGAUUUACCCUCUCUUUUUACACAAAAGAACAUACCUGCAUUUCCAAAGAAAAAGCACCAUAUUAUUUGAAUGCACUGUGUCAGUGUCAGUGAGUUUGGGUGUACUGUAAAUUUGAGCUACUUUUGAUAAUGUAGCAAUUUUUAUAAUGUGUACAAGAUUAAUUCAGGCCAACAGUCCUCUAUUCAAGGUUGUAGACACGUGUCCCCAAAGAUUGUUGCUUCAUAAGAAAUCUUGUCCAUGCUUUAAGUCUUGUUCUAUAUUUAUUGCAUGCCAUGCUGCAGUGUUACAGUCUACGUAGACUUUUCUAGGCUUAACCAAGUUGUGAGCAAGUCCAGUGACUCCAGUGUAACGUAGCAUUAAUCAUUAUUAAAACCAGAAUGCUCUGUAGAGAAGUGAAGCUAGCAGUCACAGGUCAGUCACAUUAUCACUAAACUUCACAGCACCUGGAAGAAAAAAGUUUGUACCUGUGUAUCACUUCUACAAACUAAGAGAACCGCUUCGAUAAGAGUAGAAGACCUGAUGAAUACAAACUCUCAAAAUGUCAGAAGAUGGUCAGUGGUGUCUAGAACUUAUUUAUUUUAUUAGACUCAAUACUUCCUGUCUGAUACCUCUUUUAUAGCUUUACAUGAUUUUCAGAUUUAAAAAAGCCUCAAAUUUUUCACUCUGGUGUGUUAAAAUGUCAUUAUUUCAGCCUCCGUCUGAAACACUUCGUUUUAGCCGCUGUCUCUUUAAGCCCCCGCUUCCCUAUGCACUUACUUUCUUCUGAUUGGCUGCCUCUCCGGGGGGGCGGCUGAGGGCAGAGCUUGAUGUUUUGGCCCCGCCCCCUCUAUUGUGGUCAAUCAGUAGAGCAACUAUCCUGCUCCUCCGUGGGUGUCACCUCACAUGCUGUUGGAGGAAGGUUGUUCCGUUUUGGUGGAAGCGCAGAUAAGCUGAUUGUGAAAGUGCAAUUACUUUAGUGAGUCUUGCGUUUUCUUGCUAGGUACCAUUUUGAGCAGUUUACAUCUAUUUUCUAGGUUUAUGACAAUAUACGUUUACCUUGUGAUGCUAUACUUUGCAUACAUCUAGUAUGGACACCAAACAUGGUAACUCUAGACUAACCAACAAAACCUUGCUGCCUGGCAUAUGGCUGCAAUACCUGCCCAUCUAAUCAGCCAUGCCCCCAAUUAUGUGAAACUCUUGGCCUUCAUGUAAUCAAAAUAGAUGCGCAAUAAAAAUGAUGUUCAGAGACCAAACACCUCAUUGUAUAUGUGUAAUUUUACUAUAAAAAUAGUCCUUCAGUAUAGGCUCUAACAGGGUUUUCUCACUUUUUGAGCCUGCCUCAUGUGGACACUUGAGGUACCACAUAUUUUGCACUUCAUUUUUGGCUUCGUUUUCCAGCAUCAAAGGUUGCUGCUCAGUAAAACUGGUCUCGAUCCAGAGACAAGAUCAAGAACUUGGUUUUGGUGUUCCUCAGAUCAUUUCACAGACUAACACCAAUCUUGAGUAGUUCAGUGCCUACAUGUGGUACCUUUUUAUGUAUCCAUCCUCAUAUCUUUGUAGUGCAAACAGUUCAUUCACUACUACCACACUGUGAUCCAAUUCAAAUUGAAUGAGGGGACAGUGUGUAAAAGUCUACACCCCGAGUUUGUCCAGAGGCGAUGUUUGACGUUGCUUGUUUCAAGCUGCAUGACGGCAUGGCUCGGCAUCCAUGAUCUGCUGCUGGAGAGGAAAGCAGUCCCGCUGUGGACUGUACACACAUCGGUUUGGACGCUCCAGUCUUGAUGUGGUGUCUACAAGGCAGUAGCCAUGCUGUGUCACGUAUGCACAGCGCUCUGUAGGAUGCUCAGCGUCGAGGCUCAGGCUGUGUGUUAAGGAGCUGACCUCGCUCUCUAUAAGGUCAGCCUCUCUGCACUUGAAAAAGCUUCUCGUGUGCGUCCGUGCGUUCGGCGGCCCUGCCUGCUCUGGCCGACUGCUCGCCCGCCUGCCUGCCUGUGUGUCAGCCUCUAAUGAUGAGCGCGAUGGAGGGAAUCAAAGAAGAGAUGGAGCUGACGUCGGGGCGGGCUCUCCGUGGGACACCAGGUGAUUGGGGAGGGAGCUUUGAAGCAACUUGUUGGAUGGCUGUCCAUUAAUGUAAAAUAUCUGCUUUUCAAAGGGCUUUAUUCAAGCUCGGAGUAGCCAAGCCUAUAGGGGUCAAGGUGUCUGGCAGAAUAAUCUCUCUUUCACUUUAGAGGGAGAUAUGGAUAAAAGAAAGGGUGGUGCAGAGUGACCUGGCCAUCUUCUGAGCUCUUCCUGGCGUCUUGUUUCAGUAAAAAGUAAGAAAGCAUGGAGACAAACCUUGCAAUGAGCAGUGUCUGGUUUCAUUCUGAUACACUAAGCCCUCUGCUGUCUAUUUGAUCUGUGAACGUUGUAAACCCUGCUUUUUGAUCAUGUCUACAAUGCUAUUUAUUUAGUUUGGUCAGGGAUCAAUGUGACUCCUCACUCAUGAGGCAGCAAGCAGUUCUCACAGAUCAAUUUUCCUCCAGCCACCAUGAACCAGGCUGAGGACAGACAGAAUUUUAUCCACCAAGUAGCAGGUUUAUGAACACUGAAUUAUGGCUGCGUAAAUCGCUCCAUCCGUUUUAAGUUACCUCCAUACAGUUAGGGGUCUAUCUGGGCUUGUGAAAGCUGCCAGUUACGGAGAGUUACCGAGAGGUUACAGCAAAACUUGAGUAAGAGUCAAAGAUCACAGCACACUCAUCAUACGGUGUGACAAUCCCUCUUGUCUCAUCCAGUGAAGCAAAGACAGACACAGAUGACACGCAGCAGUCCAGCCCCCUCAUGACCCCUAUUAAAUCUGAGCAAAUCUUUGAUAUGUACUUUGAUACCAUAUUUUAUUGAUACUGGAGGGGCGUUUGUAAUAUCAAGUACAGUUCUGCAUUCCAGGAGAUCAGAGCGAGGCCUGUUUUGUCUCUGAAGCUGUCCCGUGACCCUUGAGAGGUCCUCAUAAGCCAGGUUUACUUUGGGUUUUACAAGAGAUUGUGAUGUAUGGGCUCUCCAUGUUAUAUCUGUCUCCAGUUUCUCUUUCAUGCACAUUACUUCAAUGAUCUGUCUCAUAAUGAUCCGCCUCUUUAGAUAAUAUUCAACUCAGAUGUUGAUUUGAAAAAAAAUUAUUUGAGUUUUCUUUUAUGGCAGUUUAACAGACUACAAUUAACGCUGGUAUCUUUCUUUGGACAUCAAAAGCAAGCGGGACUAUUUGUUUAAGACUGAUGAUAUAUCUGAUAUCUGGGCCUUGAGUCAGACCGGAGUCCAAGUCCUCGACUCAAGCACUAUGACACUCUGCUGAGGACAAAAUCAGAGAAGUAAUAAGAGGUGCUGCUUUGUCAACAGGGGGCACCAGAAAGGACAGAAACUAAUAGUUCCUAACAGGGGCUUUGACUGAUAAAAGUUCCUCUUUUUUAACCCACUGUUAUAGACCUUAACAAAAGACUGUUACGUGCUUCAUCAUCAAAGUUUUUCCUAGAUAAUUUCCAAGUUUUCAGAGUUGCUACAGGUAAAGAAUCACAGUAAAACAUCUCCAUGAAAACACGUACACUCACAGAGACACUUAAAGGCCCCGGCCUCUGAUCUGACCUGACAACUCCUAAGCUACUGUUUCCUCACGCUGCUUUAACUCAGACCACAUUUCUCCCAGAGAGCCUCCCUCUCCAGACUUUUCUCCCCUUUACAUCCCUCUUCCCCUCCGUUCUCGUGGCCCAGCAUCUGGUUUGAAUAGAGCAGCGUGUGCUACUGUGUUACUGAUAGAAGUUUGGACUGUAGGUUUCUCUUUGAUUUUCCCAUCCUCCUCAUGUCUCUUCCUCCUCGGCUCAUACAAAGCCUGCAUUGAGAGAAGGGUGCAGCCUCUGUUAUACUGAUUUUGUAGUAAACUGUACUUUAUAUAGAUGUGCUGCAGCCAAAUGAGAGUGAUGUGUUUUGUAAAGCCAUAUGUUGAUUUUAUUUCUUCAGACUGAAGGAUAAUUUAUCAAUCACCUUUUUUGAUCUCAUGUAAUUUGGGUCCUUAAAGCAACAUCUUUUUGUUCUUGUUAUCAUACUUAACCUUCAAUAUCAUUUAUGUGGCAACAUUUCCUUGAAGGAAAUUGGACUUUUAUUGCAGUUUCCAGUUUAGCACUGCUUUUGUUGAGCAGAGCCAACGUGCAUCCACUAAAAGUGUUUAUCUGAGUGAGAAAAUAUUUCCCAUCUUUCUUUAAUUUUCUGUUUUAUUCUUUAGGAAAUAGACACUCAAACUAACUUAGCAACUUUUAUAGCAUUUUCAUUUUAAAAUGUCAAACUCUGUUUCUGAUUUCAUGUUUUUUUUCUUCUUUUUUUGGUUCAGGCAGAAGCCAGGGAGACCAUCCCAAAGAUGCUAGCAGAACUGGACCUGGGCCGGACAGAGAAGUGUGUGAGGGUGAACUCGGUGUCCAGCGGUUUAGCCGAGGCUGAUCUGCAGGUCAUCCUGCAGGCUGAAGUCCUCCCUCCUGCCAUCAUGUUGCCCAAAGUGGAGGACACACAGGAGGUGCAGUGGGUAAGUCACAAACACUGGCCACCUUGUAAGAGGUCCUGUAGUUUUUUCAAGCCAAAGAAAGUACUAAGAAGAACCAAGUGUGAUCACAUCCUGAAAUAACACAACGAAACACAAAGUUGCAACACAUCCAAAAGCUUAACAAGACCAGAAAUACCCCUGACAGUUCUCUCUUUUACCUUGGGGUGUCUUUUAAAAACAUGCUGGUGAUCCUAUACAAAGUCAUGCUGUAAGAAGAAACCGCAGGAAUCUUCAAAGCAAUCAUAACAAACUUUUCCACGUCCCAGUAAAAGAGGGAAUCGAUCCCUUGGCAGGACUCGGGGACAGGCCGAGUGUUUUUCUUGGCUGUUGCUCAAGAAGCGGAUGACAUUUCUUCAGAUUAGCUCCAGAAGCUUGAUAGUUUUCUGUAAUAACACAAUGGUGCCUUCUGCCAGGGCUGGACUGAGUGGAGACUGCUGCAGACAGUCUGGAUAAGGUCUGGGAAUUAAUUCAAUAAUCAGACUUUAAAGACUCAGCAAGACAGGUUCAAUGAAUAAAAAUAUGCCAGAGGGCUGAGGACUAUCACUCUUAAUAUGUUUGAAAUGAUUUUUACCUCAUUGUGUUUUAGCAAUUUGUCCCCAAAGAAGUGUAGCUGUGCCCUAGUUAAGAACUGUUUGUCUGGACUCUUCCAUCCCUUUGGCUUGCUAUAAAGGGGCGCUGUACGGAUGUCAGGUCCUCAAAGGUCAGGAGACAGUGACAUCAUUAAUGUAGGCCUUUCUGACCAGCUCCAGAUGGCUCAACUUAGCGAGGGGAAACAGGUUACUGUCUGCCUCCUGCGCUUUUUUUCUGUCUUAAAACAGUUCAAAGGUGCUUUAUUCACUUCCAAUUCAAAACUGAUUCUCGCUUAGAUCUGCCUCAUUUUCAACCAUUUUGCUCUCUUCAGACUUUCACACGAGCAAGCCGCUUACCUAAGCGUUCCUAAUUGGCUGAUUUAGUCGAUGUUUCUGUAUGUAUGACACACUCUCGUACAUGUUCUUGCGGAGAGGGCAGGAAGUUUUUAACUAGUGCUUUUAAUUAGAACACAUAUACUUCCUGCUGCCUUUUUUUCUUCCAAGUAUAAUUGGUGACAGGUGCUCACUAAUUCUUUGCCUUGGCGCGGUUGUUCCUACCUCUGCUGCUUUUCCCAGAAAAGGGUAAGAAAGUAAGUUUUAGUACAACCCCCAUUCCUAAAAGACUAGAGACUGUGAAAUGAUGAUUUUGAUUGUUUAUAAACCCUCAAAGUAAUUUUAAAUACUGCUAAAACAUUACAACAAGAGUUAGAUCGUUUUUUUUUAAUGGAAGAGUGUAUUUAGUUUGAGUUUGAUGCAACAUGUUUCAAAACAUUCAGGACAGGAAAACUUUAAAAAGUUGUGUAAUGCUAAAACAAACACCCCCGGAGGAACAUCUCCCAACUAUUAAGGUUCAUUUUCAACAUGACUGAGGAUAUAAAAGGCACUCGAGAGAGGCCGAGUCUUUCAGAGGUAAAGAUGGAAAGGAGUUCACCAGCCUGUGAGAGAGUGCGUAAGCAAAAACUUAAACUUUUCCAGAGAAAAUAGCCAAAUGUAGACCAUAAAUCAUAUAUAUAUAAUGUUAUUGCAUCCUUCUUUAAGGUGAGCUGAGACAAAGUGGAAAUCUGUCCUUCAGGCUGACGAAUCUUGAUUUCACAGCCUUUUUUAAAAUCAUGGACUGACUGUGUAGUAGGAGAGUCCAGAUGCUGGCAGAAGUGGCUUGUCUGCAGUCCUGACUUGUCACCUACUGAGAACAUUCGAUGCAUUAUGAAAUAAGGAGACAAAGCUGGGAGAACAUUUCACUUCAAAAGGUGCUUUCAUACGAAGAAUGAUGCAACUACUAGCUACUUUGAAACGUUAUUAUAUGUUAUAUAUAGCAGAUAUUUUAAAAGAAAAAAACAUUUUUUCUCUCAUUUACCUCUUAAAAUAUUUUCUUUGCACCAGUUAAAAUGAUUUGCACACCAUCAGACUCUGUUUUUAUAUCAUUCUACACAGUGUCCAGAGGUUUUUAGAAUUGGAAAUUUUUAAGUAUGCGCCAAAGAAGAGGCAUUGGGAGCUUUCUUUGCCUUUUCAUGUACAUUUUCUUGCCAUUCUUCAGCCUUGUUGCCAAAAGAGACCCCGAGUGCACUGUAAAUCUGUUUGCACUUCAGAUUUACGCUGUAUUUGUCAGGGUGUUCCUGCAGCAGCAGGUUAUCCUGAAGCAGGGUGAAUUCUGCAGCUCUGGAUUGGACCUUGUUUCACUCAUGUUUGCUCAUCUAAUCCCAGUGCCAUCCUCCUACUUUUCCUGUCUUCUUCAUGCGUGUUUCCUCUGCGUCUGUGUUUGCAUUCAUCUGCCUGCGCUGUAAGCAUGUGUCUGAUUUCCCCCCCUCUUGUAAGGCAGCGCAGUAAAUCCCUCACUUGUUUAUUUUUCUCCCUUUUUAUUGAUAUCAGCGCAGGAUCCUCCAGACUGAUUUGUCUCUAAAAGAUGGACUUGCUUGUUUCCCUUUGUGUGGAAACCUUUAGCUCUGCCUUCCUCCUCUUCCCCCAGCUCUUGUGUGACUGACAGGCCUUAUUGGGCUUUAACAGGCGUAACUCCCUCCUUUUGUCCGAGGACAAUUCUCACACAGAUUCGGAGCCGUGUGCAUUCUUUGCCCACCGCACUAUUUGGUGUGCAGUGGGACCGAAAGAAUCGCACCCUGUCCCGCUCCUCCUCCUCUACUCCUCCUCCCGUCCCCUCCCCUCAUCCCUUUCUCCGCUUCCCCUCUGUGAAAUGAACACUUCAGCAGGCCGGAAACAUUUAAUCUGGCCCCCUUUUGAAGAAAAUUAAUUGAAACUUGUCCCACUAUAGCCUCCUUUCUCUUGCUCCAUCUCGCCCUCCUUCUCUUUUCAUGAUUGGGUGGCGAAAAUUGUCAGAGGGCUUGUUUGUAGCGUGGCUUUGAAUGGCAAGAAGAGAUGUUAUUUCUUCUUUUUUUUUUCUCUUUUUUAUUUUUCUCCAAUUCAAACAUCUUAAAGGGUGCUAGUUUUGAGAGCCAUUGACAGCUAAUGGCUGCGGUACGCUCCUGAGGAACAAUGAGCGAGCACUAUAGCCGCUCUUAUGCGGCGAAAUCAGGCCUUCCAAGUGUAUAAUAGCUGCAGUGGAGAAUACAGACGGACAGAAACAUGUAAUCAGAGAGGUUCGGAGGCCCUUCAUAUCGUCGUGUUUCCUUUCAGCUGAAUCCAAACAGCCUUCCUGCUUGCCGUAGCCUUGUCUUGGUGUAAUCUCUGUUUGUAAUAUCAGCUAGGUUUCCCCAUAUCUGGUUUCCUCUGUCACCAAAAUAGGUUUAUCUACACCCUCUUUUCACACUUUCCUCUCGGACCCCCCAGCCCCACCCCUUCCUGUGUUUGCGAAAGAGGAGGGAUAUUAUGCUAAGCCCCCAGCGUUAGUUUUUAUGUUGCCAUAGCAGCCUUGCUCCCACAGGGUUGUGACCUCAGAUGAUUACAGUACAAAGCCUAUUGGGUCUUGAAAACCUCUUUGAAGAUGAAAAGUCUUUGAUGGUUUGUAUUUAUGCAAAUCUCUCAGAUAUGAUUUAUCCAACUGAGAUUGAAUGGAGAGAUGAUUAAAAUUGCCCCUAUUUUUUCUGAAAUCCUUCAAUGGAGGCCCUCUCUUUCUCUUUUUUUUUCUUUUUGGGGAGAGCAAGAGUGGUGAGUGUGAGCACUGGGGUUAUUUUGCUCUUCAUUUGGGAAAAUAGCAUUGCUGUACCUGAGGUUAUUUAUAUCUGUCUUUUCCCUGGUGUGUCAAAGAGGGAGCGAGAAAAAGGAGAGGAAGGGGGGGACAUGAGGUUAGACAGAUUUCUCCUCUGAGCUUUUGCGCCCUCUCCUCUUUUUUUUUUUUUCAACUGGCUUUGAAAGGAAAUAUCUGACGGAGGGGGCUUUUGUGUGUUUCCAGAUGAUAGAUUUUGGAAUUUGGGCAACCCCACUGGCAGUCCAGGGCUAGCUGUGAACUGGUCUGUUGGAAAAAAUUGAAACGCUUUGGUCUUCAAAGAAUUAAACUUGGUUUUAAAGCCCUACUUAGGUGAGCUUGCAUAUUAGCAGGAGUCGUGCAGAAUAAAGGCCUCAGCAAAGUGUCACAUCACACUCUGAUUGUUGCUCCAGUCUCCCUGUUCCCUGCUAUGGAAGGAAGGGGUGCAGAGCAGAAUAAUGUAGGAGUAAAACACACUCAAAGACAUCCCAAAUCUUGUUUCUUCUCCCCUUUUUUCUGUAUUUUGUUUCUUCUUUGGCUCACCGGGUGUAUGCAUGUGCCCGUGCAUGUGUGCGAACAUUUCCAUGCGUGCACGUUCUCAGGGGAACGCAUGCUGUAGUAGGGCAGAGCCUGUUAAAGGAGGUAGAGAAAGAAGACUUCAGACGAAGGGGGAACCCUGGUGAUAAUGUAAAAUAUUUCAUUUCACCUGCUUUUGUUGCUGCUCUCCUGCGCUGGCUCCCUCCGCUGUUUGAACCCCUCAUAGAUGUGUUUCUGAAUAAGGACUCAAAUGGGAACGGUGCAGGUAAUAAAGGUGUCAAGAUUCGUAUCAAAAGUGAGUUUUAGCUCGAUAAGAUUCCUUUUUUUUUUCUCCUGUCUGUCUGUCUUAUCCCACAGUGGAUUUUGAAAGAUGUGACAUAUCAUUUAUGUGGUUUUGCAGCUUUUAGUUUUAGUUUCACUGACACUCAGUUUCUCAGUGUGGGUUUUUCCUGUUUUUCUUGUGCAUAACUUAUUGAUAAAGUGGCGUCUGUGCUUUACUGCACAUGCACAACUUUGAGCAGAAAUACAGUUUAAAAGAACAUGAUGUCCCCUUGUAAAUUUUCACAUUUUAUAGAAUAAAGCAGAAUCAAAUGAUUUCAACUGAGCAGCAAAUAUUGAGCACAGAAUAAAAGUGUAGCACAAACUAAACAAAGAAAUGAUUUGAUUCAGAUUUGAUGAGGUUUGAGGCUGUUUCCUCUUAACAGAAACAGUGGGUGUUGUUAAUGAGUUGUUCAUAAGAUUGUCCCCUGUGUGUUUAGUUUGUUGACAGGUUUCAGCACAACUUGAAAGGACGGCCGCUGACAGAACCCAUCCGCCUGGUCACCUUUGUGGAAACCGCUGUGGGCCUGCUCAAUUUUAAGGUAAAUUACAAACAAACGCCUCCCAAAAAGUGCCUGCGUAAGACAUUUUUCUGUUUGUCCGAUGUUCACUUCAGAUUAAAGCGUGCGUCAGCGAGCCGGGCGCUCCACAUGUCCAAAAUGAAAGGGAUUCAAAGCUCUCGGACAGUCUCUCAAAAUGAGCCUCUUUUUUUUUUUCUCCAUUUCUUUUUUUUUUUUUUUCUUGUUCGUCUGCGUGUCUCUUUCCCUCUCCAGACAUGCUGACAUUUUUUAAUUAGAACUGUUUUAAUAUCAUCAUAGUAGGAAAGUUCUUAAUGAUAUUUUGGCAAGCAUCAAAGAACUUCCUGUUUCAGUGCAGCACGACCUUCAGCUACACGGGGAAAAAGGGCCACGGUUUUGGGCAUUUGGGGAGAAACAAGCUGUCCUUCCUUCUUUUGAUUUGUCUUUUUUUAUUUUUUUUUUUGGUCCUCCACUCUGAUUCUGUGUCUGUGUUUUGUGGUUGUUAGUGUGUGCAUGUGUGUGUGUUUUGAUGGCAGGGGGUGCCUCUGUGAGCUUUUCUUGAGAACACCCUGUAUCUUUGCCCAGACUGAACCUCCUGUUUCAAGCAAGAGGAAAAAAAAACUCUGAGGCACAGCUAGUGGUGAAAUUAAUUUGGGGGCCAACAAAAGCAUGAGACAUGUUCUUAUUGUUUCACUCUUUUCUCCUCAGACAAUCACAUUCCAGAUUUUCAAGUACACUGUCAGGCAAGUGUUAUUGUGCCUGGCACUUUAAUCUUAGCAAAGGGGUUUGUUUUAGCUUGACAUUUACAGAGCAGGUGCAGAUAUGAGACCUGCCUGAGAGUGAAUAGCUUUUCUAUCGAGCAGGUUUAUUCGGUUUUUAAUAAACAAAAUCACAUCUUUACUUCAUAGUAUAAUAAUUAAUGUGACAGACGCAGCUUGAGACAUCAGAAUACAGUCCAUAAUAGGACGGCAAUAAGAAAACGCGGUCACAGAAAGAGUGAUGAAGGGUACAUCUGUUGAAUCUGAGUCAUAGGCUUAAAAAAACAUGACUUUAGCACUCAGUCUUAAAGGCACAGUAACUAUGCUAGCCUGAGUUCCCUGUAUUGAUUGAUACCAAAUUGGCUUGUAUGACAUGAUAACAAUACAGAAUGUGGUGUUAAUAAAUUAAAGCUCCAGUGAGGAGUUUUUAUACAGGUAUGAAACAGACUGAAAUUAAUUCUGGUGUCUUUAAAUGGCAUUCAAGAGUAAUCCUCACCAUCAGCAACAAGAUUGAUCAUGUAAAUGUUGUUUAUUUUUAUGUUGAAAAUUGGUAACAUAGGGUAGGUGUCAGUCAAGACAGCAGCCUGCGAAAAGCAGUCAUGAUUUAUGUUUUCCACAGCACAGAUUCUGAGAGAUAGAUUUGACUAUCUGGAUUCUCUUUUGUGAAAUAACACAACAAAUAUACAGUACAAAAUCAGCAAAGGAAAGGGAUACUACUUCGUCUACAAGAGGUGUCAACAUUUUCUCACAAGAGCUUUAAUGAGAGCGUUCAAGUAAUCUAAGUACUAUGUUUUAUACUGUAUAUUGAAAAUACCUUAUGAGUCACAGCUAGCUGCUUACAGUAAGUGUAUAGAAUAUUGUCACGUGUUGUUUUAAAAAAUGGAAUUUGACAUUGGUUAGCAUGUUUCAUUUACUAAAGUUGACAUGCUCGCCAGCUUGUUUGGCAUGCAAGGGUGAAGGUUUAAAGAUUGAGCUCGCGCUUAAGGCACUGGUUUCAAGUGAGUGUUGUGGCAUUGUUGAGUGAGUUUGACAAUGAAAGGCAGCUAAAACACAAGAGAGUCAAACACCAACUAAAUACUGACGAACGUUUUUUUGUCUUUGUUGGCAUUGUCCAAUGCGGUGCUGCGACUUUGUGGUAAAAUAGACUAUCGUGAAAAAAGAAAAAGUGUAACUUUUGUAGCAGUGCUGUGUAGCACCAUUUAAGCGAUAGUAGCUUAAGUAUAACGGUAGUAUAUGGGCACAUAUUCCUGUUGUAGCAUCGAUUUUCACCAAAAAUGUCCUGGACAGGUCCUGUAAGAUACUCUAGAAGUCUUGGGAAAAGAGCAGCAGCCCUGAUAUUAGCUAAAAGCUGCAAUUUUUGCUCUUCCUUUUCACGUAGUAUCUGUGUUCCCCGCAUUUCCCACCUGGUUUCAAACAGCAUCCUAAAAGAACCAUUUUCCACCCUUGAAUUAGCACCAAUUUAUUAGAGGAUAUCUGAUUGCUAAUAUUUACAUAUGCUGAGUUAGAAAGUGCUGCAAACUAAUUUCCUUAUCUAUUGUGACAUCUUCAGGAAUGUUUCUGGCAAAAUCUCACACUGCCAUAACACUUUCUUUAUUAUUAAUUGUGCAGCCCUCAUAGUGGAUUCAUUUGCACAUUUCACUGAGAUAAAGUAGUAUAGUGAUGUCUGAAUGUGUUUACUCUGAAAAGAGAAAAUAAAGAAAAUAAAGAGCGAACCCUUCAGACAAAUGUGGACAUACUGAGUUGACAUGUAUAUGAAUAAAGAAGAAAGUGUUUGACAUAUUGACACAAAUGCAGCAGAGUAAUUCUAUAUAACUUAAGCCAGCAUGCACUUCGGUGUGAUGUGUUCUCUCCAGGCGGUGUGUGAGGAAAUCCGUCGCCUGGCUCCAGCAGCAGGUCUCCACCACGACGGUGUGGUGUUUGGCUCUGAUGACUUCUGUGCCAGCAUAGGUAACUCUGACACCUUUUCACUUUUCCUGGAUGUUUUACAGCUCAGAUGUGUAAUUUUCCUUCCUUUUGUUCUAGUAUUGAGAACAUCAGGUUGUAUUACCUUUUGAAACCAUCCAUGAAGCUGAAUGGCAUAUCUCACGAGUAUUUUGAGUAGCUGAUGAAAAUAAUGCAGGGAAAGUGUUUGAAAAUACAUCAUUACGUCUGUUUUUUUCCGCAUUUAUUCUUUGUUUUAUUGAAACAGGAGAUGAUGUGAGCUUCUGAUAGAAUCAGGUGAAGAUACAUUUAAUCUAACAAGGCUAUUAUUUACAAGUCAUCUGAAUAUUUCUGUCUUUAUCAGCAGUCUAGUGAACUUCCUGACCAUCUGAGGUAGUCUGAUUGAGAAAAUAAUAGCAGAUUUAUCUCUAUACUUAUACAUUUAAAGGAGAAAAAGGUUAUUUCAUUUGUUGUCUACUAGUGUGAAUCUCCUGGUUCUGGAUGCAACCUCCUCUGCACCUCAUAGUGCGUGCAUGAAUUCACAUGACCCCCCAUCAAUGUGCACCCCUUGUGUUGUUCUCCAGGUGCCACGCGAACCAAAGAUGCCAGGGAGCUCCUUUAUGCCAGGCAGAAGGUGGUUGUGACCACCAAAGCGUUUGGGCUGCAGGCGAUCGACCUGGUGUACAUCGACUACAAAGACGUGGAGGGACUGAGGCAGCAGGCCAGAGAGGGAGCCCUCAUGGGAUUCACAGGUAGAGUUCCUCAUAUCUAAAUCCCUGAUCGAACCAUCUCCUCAAAUAGGGUAUAAAAAAAAGUCCAAACAUGUGCUUCACUGGUUGCUCUGCAUUUGCCCAUCAUUUAUCCUUCACUUCUUUUUGGGGCGCACCAGCAGAUUUCUAGAUAUCACCUUGAUUCUCAUUUGACAGUAACGCACUGUUUAGUGUAAUGAGGUUUGCUCCUAAAAUGAACAUGUGACCGUGCUUUAAAUGUGGGUAUUUCCUCUCAGGUUAAAUCACCUUAUGUGCUUCUAAUUUGUGGAAAACUUUACUUUAAAAAAAAAAGGGAAAAAGAUAUUUCUGGUGACCCAGUGGUAAACGGUUUUGUGUCCAUGUGUGUACCUGAGAGUGUGAUUAAAUUUAGCAGAGAGUGGUAGCCUCUACUUUUACAGCGCUCUGUGUGUGUCUGUAGCCAGGCAACGCUUGCUUUCAGAAUGUGUGUGUGUGUGUGUGUGUGUGUGUGUCUGUGCCCUACAGACGGCAUGUAACAGACCACAGAAACACAGAAGGCAGGGCAGCCCCCUUUUUUUCCCCAAAUUCAUUCAUUAUUCCUUCGCUGCAGCUCUUAUAUUUGCUCUGGUAUUUUCAUCCCUUGACGAGUGAUCAUUUCAAAAUCUGGCAUGUGGUGGACAUGGAUUCUUCCUGUUUUAUUUAUUAUACAUCUAAUGUUUCCAUCUUUCCAAAUUUGACAACAGUAAAUACGACAGAAAAUAAGCUGUUGCACUAUAAAGAAAUUUGAGGUCAGAAACAUUUUUUGGCACCGAGAGUUCACAGAAACCCUGAGCACACUCUUCAUGUUGUUCAGUCCUCAACACACCUUACCUGCACCUCGCAUCAAUGAAUCAUCAUAAAGCAGCGCUUCCUGCCAUCUCACAUGACAACUUAUUUUUCAGGUGACCUCAUUUGCUGGCUCUUUUCUCUGUCGCUGUGAUUCAUGUGAGCACGUCUGUGUUCAUUUUCUGUUUGUAUUGGAAUGAUUCAAUCUUAGUCAUGUUUCUUUUUUUAAGGAUUCACACCAAAUAAGUGUUUCUUUGCAACUCUGCAAUUAACUUUUGAACACUUGGAUGCUUUGGAUAUGCUCCAAGGGUGAAGAAUCUGCCUAAUAAAUGCAUAUGUCAGUAUAACGAUGCAGCACAAUAGUGUUUUGAUAGAUUUUUGGCAAUCAGAAAUUGAUGAGAAGACUGGAGGUGUGUGGUUUGUGUGAGGUAACAGAUUAAAGGUGGGGAGCAGCGGCUUGACGGAAUAAAUGGUUUGAUUUGAUAUGGAACAGAACCAGUCAAAGCACUGGAUUAGUGGCUUACAAGCCGUGGGCACUCUGUAUAAUCUUAGUUAGUAGCUAUUACUGGCCCGAGUGUGCUUAAGCAAUAAUAUGGCGCGGCCAAAAGCCUCUACCUGUGCAGUAAUUGACCUUGGCAGUGCCUAAGCCGUAACCAGCACCCAUUAGCACAGAACACACUGGUCAAACACAUACACCCGGUGCUUCGUAAUGGUAGACAAGUCAGUGUGAAGGCAGAAUUCAGGGAUCAAAUCUGUUUAGAGGGAAAGUCGUUAAUUUUGGGGAUUUAAUUGAGCAGUGGCUCUGCUUUACAAGCGCCUUGUUUUAUGUGCUGGAAACUACAUGUUGCUGCUGAGCCUCAGUGAUCCUCCUGAAAAAUGUUUGCCUCACAGAAAUGGAGACACGCUUCCACAAAAUUCUCUGCUUUCAGGGUCCACAUUUCACUUCCAUCCCAGGGACCCUGCCCAUCAUUCGCCUGAGAGCACUUUGCUAAAUAGCAAUCCUCCAAUGAGGCGCCAGCACCACAUGGCAGGCCACGAUUGGCUGAAGGGCAUGAAUGAUGCAUUUUAGGGGAACCAAUGGGUUGUAACUGAGGGCACCUGAGUCACUCUGUCUGUCUAUGAGCUCUGUCAUUCUCCUGUUGUCCUACACACACACAGACACACACAUAGAAACACACUUUUUUCUAGCCUGCAGAUUUCAGUGGGGAAACAUGCUGCUAUGUCUUCAGACCAGAGGUAAACAGGUGGCAGAGGAGAGAAUGCAGACUCUGCCUCUCAAAGGAACGCAAAUACGGGCAAAAACACACACACACAUAAACAUCGUAAAAACACGCACACAGCUUGGUGCAUCAAAACAGAUUCAUAAUAUCAGCAAAGGAGAAGAGGGAGAACUAAAAUACACUUGUUUUUUGCAGACAGUGUGGCUCACGGACACAGAAUAAUGUACAAAUACACACUCUCCACACACACACACAUCCAAACACAUCUCCAGUGUGGCCCUGGGCAGUCUGCAGGCUCCGACAUAAUAACUCAAUCUCUGCCUCUAGAUUCACAAAAAUACACACACAAACACACACAAACAGGUAUUCAUGCUUUUAAGACAUAUAAUAUUUUAUCCUCUUGCAAACUCCUCCAAAAUGCAUCCAUGCACAGCUGGUAAACCUGCAGCUACAUCAUCUGAAAUAAAAUUUGCUGACUGAUGUUUUGAUAAUCAGCUGAUCAUUAUUGGAGAUUUAUUUUGAGAAAAAUAGAACAACUAUUUGCUGGUUUUAAUGUUUUUAUUGCAGAAUUUGAUGCUUUUUGACACCUUAUAAAUGACAUGGGCAGGGUUUUAUUUGAACUUCUAUGUGCACAACGCAGGCUCCUGUGAGAAAUAUGAGAAAAAUUUUAAAUCCAGAACAAUGAAAAAAAUCAAAAUUCACAAACGCAAUAUUGCAUUAACAAGUUUUCUGCAGGUUCUUGAAAAGUCUGUAAUCAAAUUUUGAAAAUCUAAGGUCAUUAAAAGUCUAAAAAGUCUUAUUUUAAUGAAUUUUAAGGCAUAGAUUGUAGAUGGGACACUAUUUUAUCAGACCUACACAGUCCAGAUAGCCUGAUAUAAAAUUAUUUAUUUUUUCUUUUUUUGUGGAUUUGCUUGUUCAGGUGAAAAAUAUCAUAUUUGCCACAGCUUAUUAUGUGUGCUUUCAAAAACUCCAAACAAAAGAGGGAAGAGAAAAAAAAAGAGAAGUUCAAGGAAAUUUGGCCUCGAUAAAAAAGUACAGAGUUAAGGAAACAUUAUGAUACCAAACAUGCAAAUAUACUCAGUAAAUAUACCACACUACACCUGCACCAUUUGUCCUCUUCUCUGUUGUGCAACAACAAUUUUCUUUGAUCAAGUAUAAAAAAGUGAAAAAGUCUUAAAUUUGAUUUCAAGGAGUGUGCAGCAGCUCAGAUUAAAACAGUGUACUACAUGUUGCACAGCUCCAGUCAGGGUUUGUUAGAGUGUGAAGAUAAUUCUUCCACUAAAUUGUGUUUUUAUUAACUUUUAGACAUUUUAUCAACCAAACAAUUAACUAUAAAAUUAGUCCGCACAUUAAUUGGCUUUAAAAGUAAUGUUGCUGUAAUCACAAGUUUCAGUUUAACGAGUUAUGUGCUCUCUUCAGUAAUUGUCCCAGCCUUCAUGUACAGUACAGCGUGUCGAUUGUGUAACUGCAGUGUGUGUCUCUCUGAGGUUAACUGGGGUGAGCAGAGCUGGAUGAAGGCAGUGGGUUCUCUCCUCCCCCUCUCCUCUCUUCUCCUCUCCUCUCUUCUCCUGUCCUCCUUUCCUCCCUUCCUCUCCCCUAAUUUUUUUUUUUUUUUUUUUGCCCGUGCAGCCCGCCCGCUCGGCCACCUUGAAGGAUUUGUUGUCAGCGACACAGCUAAGCCCCGAAGUGUCGAGUUCCUGCUGUCUGCAGCUGAGUCGCCGUUCUAAGCAGACGCUUCAUAACCUUAACUUAUCGCUACAAGUUUGAUCUGCAAAUGUACACGGGAUUAUGUCUGCGGCGUUAGCCCACAUUUAACAGAGAGGGAGUGGGAUUCAUGAGGGGUGGGUGGGUGAGGACUGUGUCAGACAGAGCUUUAACUCCAUGUUAAGCUUCUGUUUCAGUUGGAUGUGCUGAUUCGACCACUGACAAUGAACCGUUACAGGAAUAGAAAACACAGAUUUCCUGCACAUCACUGAAUUUUUUUUAGGGUCGGAUCCAUAAAAACUUUUAUAGAAAUUGUUUAAAAUAUUCCUCUUUGCCCACAUUUAUCUAUCAUCUCUUUUUUGUGGUUUUCUGCUGUUUAACAAUUAAUUUGAUUGUGUAUGUUUCAUGAAAUCUGACUAAAUACUCCACAAAGUUUCCAUUUGACAGCGGGGCUGCGUGUAGGUACAAAACACUUGAUAAAUUUCAUCAUUCCCAUCAUCCUCUGCUCCUGUUCUGGCCUCAGUGCCGUUAAGACGUGCUGACACAUAAACACACCCACACCAUGUUUUUUUCAGUAUUUUCUUCUCUCCUCUCUGCUGUGUCGUUCCUCUCUCAUGGAAACAGUGCCAGCUGUCAGUCUUUUAAAAUUUUCCAGCCAGUUCUGUUAAACUGUUUUCCCAUCAGUUUCCAUUAGAAAUAAUGGAAGAAGAAAGAAGGGAGGAAAAAACAGAGUGAUGUUGUUAUAAUCCAGGCAGGUAAUUGGCACAAACUCAUUUAUUAAUAGCUCUGUGCCAACAAGUAAAAACAUUGUUUUUGACUCAAGUAGCUCUUGAAUUUAAUUUUAUUUGGAGCCAAAGCUAGCCUGCUGUUAACAUUAGCAUAUUUCCUCCUCCUUCCUUUCUUUUAUUGUGUGUGUGUGUGUGUGUGUGUGUGUGUGUGUGUGUGUGUGUGUGUGUGUGUGUGUGUGUGUGUGUGUGUGUGUGUGUGUGUGUGUGUGUGUGUUUGUUCGUGUGUGCAGGUAAGCAGGUGAUCCACCCAGGGCAGAUCCAGGCUGUGCAGGAGGAGUUCUCCCCCAGUCCGGAGAGGGUCGAGUGGGCCAAAGAGCUCAUCGCUGCUUUUGACCAGCACCAAAAGGAGGGGAAGGUAAUGUCAGCAUCCUCUGCCAAAAUUUAAACAACCUUAUUUCGAGGUUAAAAAAUAAUUUAAGUCUCGAUUUGAUGUUUGUGUUUUUAUUUCACACUGCUAACCGUGGUUACUCACGCUGUGACAAUUCAGGAAUUUAGUCAGAGAUGUACUGACAGGAAGUCAUGCUUACAUUGUUGAACUGAAGUCCAUUUUUAAUGCAAAUGCAAAAACACUUCCUCUCCAUCGUGCUUUUCAAAGUUUUUUGAGAUUUUCCUGCUUUUUUCUGCAGAUAGCUACAGCCACAAAUUUGAUGUAAAAAAAAAUUAUAGAUUUUCAAAAUGAGACUAAUUUUAAGAGAAGCUACUAGACUUUGCACAAGCUCAGAGAAUUUUUAUCAACUUCUCAAACUAACAGGACGAUGACACAACAUCCUGUGAGUGUGUGUCGGGCUGUUAGGAGUCGUCUCCUGCUUUAAGACUCAGCCUGGCUCCUUUGUGUACCCUCUGACACACCUCUGUGCUCCCAGAGAAUACGUACUGUACACCCCUGGUGUAGGAGGAGGGUUGGGGGGGGUCGGGCCAAUUAAGUGUACAAUAUUAUUGUUCCUAAUUUAGUGCAUGGUUGGAUCCUGUGUGUUGAGCUCUGUGGGCUAUCUGCUGAGGUAAUACACAAUCUGCCCACACCUCUCUCACUGCCAGGGCCGCUCCUGCUAAGCAUCGCCCGAGGGAUUCAUAUCCUACCCAUCCCUCUGCAGCGCACUGUGUGUGUUUCCGUGUGUGUGUGUGUGUGUGUGUGUGUGUGUGUGUGUGUGUGCGUGCGAGUGACUGAGGGUUUGAAAAGCAAGCAGGGUCAGUGUCUUUGUCUUUCAACACGACAUGUGCUUGUUUUUUUUUCUUUUUCUUUUUUUUUUUUGUUGUUGUAAUUUUUGUCUCCAGAGAUACAUUGUGUUCUUCUGAGCUGAGAUUUUGGAGCAUUGACUUGACUAAAAAUGUUUUCUACGAGGGGUUUUCUUCUCCUACAGCAACGUUUACUGUAAUUAAUAUCUUAGUCUGUAGUGCUAUUUCCUGUGGAUUCAAAUAGAAACUUUCUCUGUAUCUAAUUGAUGUAUAAAGUAAUCUCCUCCCCCUAACAAUCUAAUACCAUCUAAAGUACAUUUUCUGUGUACCUCUGCUCUAAUAGUUCUCCUGUCCUCCCUUGUUUUUGUAAAACCUGUUCAGGGUGCGUUCACCUUCCGCGGCAGCAUGAUCGACAUGCCCUCUGUGAAGCAGGCACAGAACAUCCUUUCGCUCUCCGACGUGGUGCCGCAGAAAUGACACAACCGGCGAGAAGACCUGCGAGGAACGACAUGACUGGACCCUGACAAGAGAAGUCAAAGGACACUGGAACUGUUGCAGGUUUCAUGAACGGGAAAAAGGGCACUUUUAAAGACUUAAAAACUCACUUGUGGUGAAAAUUGUAGUUUAAAUGUUAAAGUUUGUUGGAGUUCUUGAAAUGUUUUUAUUAAGUUCAUGUGAUUGUCAUGACAUUUCCGGAGGGGAUGAUUAUGUGAGAACACACCUUCAGAUGUCUUCAGUUCUUUAAAGCGAGCAGAAACAGCAGAUAUCUGCAUCUCGGAGUGUGAGCUAAAGUUUCUGUCCCUGUGUGGGCACUUUCUUGGCACUCUCCUCAGAGUGUGUGCGCCACCAUGUCACUCUUCAGUCUGUGUCCCAGGUCAUGAUGAAUGCUCUCCCAUCUCCACGGUCCAGGCAGCUGGGCGAAAAAAGGGUAAACAAACACAACAAGCCACUGUUGUGGGAUCUAUUCAUUAGGCCCCAGUCCUCCAGUCAGGCCUCGGCCCCCCCGCUCAGGCCCUGACUCCCUAACAUCAAAGUCUCACUCACUUAAAAAAAAAUAACACCCAAAUGGAAGUGCGUAAAUCCACCAUUUAGCUUUUUUGUGUGUCAGUCUGCUUAGUAAAGACGUGCAGCUCGCUCUGUGGCAGCUGCGGGCCUGUGGUCUUGAUGGAGAAGGCGUGCGGCGUUUGACUCACCAUGACCUGCACGAAAAAUAAACAGUGCAUACAUGCACACGCUGCGGCACUGUUUCACUACUGAUCUCUCAUUCAACACAAACUCUGCAUUAAAUUUUCAGCUACUGCUCUGACAUGAGAUUCACCUGUUAAGUUUGUAUUUUAUGAUGAACGUUUGAUUAAAACUCCUACAAGCUGAGCUGCUACAAACAUUCAGGAUGACAGCACGUGUAUCUGGAUACAACAGGAAAAUACUGUUUUUAUGACACAAAUGAAAAUAAGACACUAAAAUUAAAACUGAAAGAGAAACACCAACAUGACAACACAAAAGCAGAGUCCACGACAUCAAACAAAGUGACAACAAAAAUUGAACCCCUACCUUGGAAAACUCCCCAUCAUAUCAACAAAAUUUAGAAAACAGCUCUGAAUAGUCUCAGAAAAGUUGAUUCCUCGAAUGCCUCUCAUUUUCACGCCUCAGUUUGUCCCUCUGUUGUUGGAAAGUGGAACCUCACACUGAAUUAUUCCACUGACGUUUUUGUUUGAUUUUUAUGAUUUAACUUUUAUGUAUUUCUACAAAUUCAGAGAAAAUUGCAACAAAUAUUUAUGUAUAUUUUUACAGUAAACAGUAAUUUACUAUUUUGUGAAACACUAAGUAGAAAAUUAAGAAAAACUGAGAUUUGCAGCCCCUUUCCCCUGCAAAAGAUGCCACAAAAAUGAAACUGUGAGGACAGUGCAGCAAAUACAAAAAUUGAAGAGCAGCACAGGGGACUCCUCCGUUAAAUAAACAAAAUAUCUUCAAGAAUUUAUAAAAGAUGUUUUCUCUUGAACACCUCUUUUUUGUACACCUCAUUUUACACCUCUGAUGUUGGAGUGGGAACUUUUUACUCCUGACACGCACCUAUUUUAUCACUUUUGCUUUUCAAAUGAUUUCUUCCCCUGCAACAAAUACUGCAUGAACACAUCCCCCCAAAACAUAAACAAAAUAGAUUCACUAUUUUUUUUGAAGAAAUUAAGAAAACCUAAGAUUGAAACCCUCCAAAUCAUUUCCAGGAUGACACAAAGUAGUAUUUUGUAUUUGAAAAACACAAAAAUAGGGGAUUCCUCUCCCAUGUUAUCCAAAGGGCAGAAAAUGUGGACAGGUUUUGAUUCCUUGAACACCUCCCAUGCCAACACUUCGAUCUGUGCCACUUAUACUAAACUUUACAUAAAAGACAAUUCACCUUUAUUUGGCGUCAACAGAAAAAAAUCCCUUUUUUGCACAGCUUCACAUUCUUAAGUGGAGCAAGACAAUUAACCUCUGAAGAGGUUUCUUGAAGUCCUUUUAAAGUGCGGUCACGUUUGUAAGUAUUCAGAUUAAAUAACUGUACUCGUCCCACUGAGGGGUUAGUGGUUUGGGGCACUUUCUGAAGACGAAUUGUAAACACAGUCAAUAAAUGAGGGAGUACAAUGCAUUUGUGUGCAAUGUCUGAGCUGGUCUGACUUCCACAGACAGCGAAGUGAAGUGGGUGUGAUGCUGAAGUGAGACAGAUUAGUGGCCAUGUUGCUCCAGCAGACCAGGACUGAGGCUUUGUCUCUCUGACUGCGGAUGGGAGGAUAAUUGGGGGGGUGUUGAAUGGUUAAUAGUGCCAUUGGUGACCAUGGUAAUGAAAGGCACCACACCUCCCCUGCCCCUCAUCCACUCAUCCCUCACUCCCUCUCUCUUUCCCUCCCUCUCUCUCUCCUACUGUAUGAGCUAUUGUGUCUGGGGCAGGACGGCGGUCGGUGCCAGGGCCAGGCCAGACAAAAAAGAUCGAAACCACUCCUGCGCCCAGCCAAAGACCCCAACAGUAAGCCGUCUCGUUGGCAUUCAGCCACAUACUUCUCUCACCCCUGGCUCACUUUUUGUGCCUGUCGGUAAUUCACAUCCAGCUUGUUUGUUUGUUUUCGCCAACUACCACUAUUAUACUCUACAAAUCUGCAAUUAUGUUUGCCUCUCAUGAAAUAAAUCCACAAACAUUGUUUGGGUGGAGCUGCUGCAGAACUUUAAAAUCAAUGUGGGUUCAGGGAUGUUUCAUCCACUCGUCGGUUUGCAGACUGUGAGCAGCCUGGACUGAUCACUCUGAUUUGGGGAUGUAUCUGGAUUUGUGCUGUGUCAUUAAACAGGAAUGUCCGAAUUUGUGACUUUUUAAAUGUUCAUGCAUGUGAUUUGAUGCUGCAGUCUUAUCUAAAAAACAAUGCACAGAAGAUGCAAGAGAAAUCUUACUAUGUUUCAUGAAGAAUUGAACAUGCAGACUUUUAAAUUAUACUGGUGCUAUUUGACAUUUUUACCCUAGUGUGUUAUACAAAACCUCCUCUCUUUAUUUGCACAUUUACCGUCUUGGUUAAGUUGUCUUGCACAAUGUUGUGCAAACUGAUAUAAAUGCUCUGCCAUGAAUUUUGCCCUGCUCAGUUUUGUUCAACAAAGUCUUCAUGAUAACUCACAUAUUUAUUUUUGAAGUUGUAGUUUUUAGGUUUGCAAGGAUUUUUAUGCAGAGAAGUGAACAUUUCAGACGUUAGGAGGCAAAAAAAAUAGAGACACAUUUCAAAAUAAUCCACACCACCUUCCACUUUGACUCCCAAGUAUUAAAACUUUUCUGUGUCUCAAAUUUAAAAAGGGUUUGCUUCAUAAACAUUGAUCUUAUGAUUCUGGCAUCUAACUGUGAUCACCAGGAAUUCAAACAUUUAGUGCCUGAAUAUGUAGUUUCAAAGAUUUCUCCUCUCAAACGUUCAAUUAAAACCCACUUGGACUGUCCGUCCAAAGCAGCGCAAUAGACCACAGAGUCCUUUGCUGUGAAUGUGCAGCACUCAGACUUGAACACAGGCUCACCAGGUGACUUCAGUGCUGAAGGAGGCCGGUCUGCUCAGCUUCUCAUGACUGCUCUGCACCAACAGGUGUCCUGCAGACAGACACAGACAGUGAGGAAGAAGGAAACAUCUCUGAGCGGAGGAAUCAGAAAAGGACUCAUGCAGGGAUGAGGCAAAAAGGGCAACUCUUCAGAAGAGGAUGAGGAAAUAAUUUGGCAAGUUUGGCAAAACAAAACAGACCUUUGAGUGAUUCUGUGAUAGAAAUGCUUUUUUUUCCAUUUUAGUUAUCUGAUAUUUGCACUAUGUCCACUACGGUUUUUAUUCUUCAGUUACCUGACAAAAAAAGACAAGCAAAUAUGCAAAAAAUUAACUGUGAAUUAACACCAGCUUCCCUUAAGUAACUCUUUUUUUAGACUUUCAAAGCUUUAGACAUACAUUUACUUACCAUUAUGGUUCUGGUUUCCCUUUAUUCUGUAUGUGUAGAAUAACAAGCACACCUCAGUCUGAUAGAUAUAGGCCAACUUAAACUUGUGAUUUCAUUCAGAUUGUUUUAACUGCUCAGAUGUAAUAAAGUUUGGCCAAAAAUGAAAAUGUAUAGACUCCAUAUCAGAAAUGUGCAACCGACUUCGUGUCAUAAAGUUAGUUUGGCGCACAGCUCACAUAAUACAGCGUGAAAGCCCACGCAGCAUCUCGUUGACGUCUCUUUUGAUUGCAGGAAUGCCUCCGUGUGUCUUCCUCCUCUGUGUAAUGCUACAUGACGUUUCUAUUAUGCGUGCAGCUGAUAUAAUCUCCUCAGCGCGCGCGCCGCUUCUUCUUUAAACACAUCUCUCCUUUCUAUUCCCUGAGAGAGUAAAUUACAAUUAACACGAUUAUAACCUCACCAAAAAUAGUGACGGGAAUCAAUUAGGCUGCGAGCAGUGUUUCACAGGCCGCUAAUGUGCUGCUGGAGAUUGCUUUCAUAAAUGAUGAGGGACAGCGCAUGUAUGCAAAACACCGUCAGAGGAAAAUUAAAACGAAAUGUUUUACAUAUUUUUCCAUUAAUCUAAAUGGGACCCGUGUGGCAGAGAUGGUUUUAUUCUAAUUCCCUCCUCCCGGGGAUGCCCAAAUAAUGACUUGAUGUUUUAAUAGACUUCUAAUGACAAUAUAUGGCCAAGUAAUUGCAGCAAAAAAAAGAGAUGAUUCUGAAGCAAUAAAAUGCCUCGUUAUUGUAGCUGCAGCACAGUUUGAGAAGAGUAAACCUAUUAGCUCAGAGGGGUUCAGGGCUGAGCAACAUGAAACAUUGAGCUUCAUAUUUAGAAAUGUUUCUAUAAAUUGAUAUGGACUUUUUGAGAGGGAAUGAGGUUUUAAUUUUCAGGAUUAAAUUUUUUUUAAAUAGUAUUAAUAAGGUUUUUUUAGUGAGUAGAAUACUGUCAAACAUCGAGAAUUACACAAAACUUUUUUGCAAAUUAAUUACCUGCCAAGAAAACAGCACAUUUUAACGAAAUUUCAAAAUAAGACUCCUGCCAUAAUAGCUUGAACGACAGGGCCUCAAACGCUGAUUAAAUUCAAAGCA